AUAUGGUUCGUUGACUUCCUCCGUUGCCGUCUAAGCGGUGCUAUCAUGGCGGAGCGCGUACAGCAGCCCCCGGCCAAGCGGCUCUGCUGUCGACCGGGAUACAAUUCAACAUGUAGGCAAGGCCAGCGGGCCGCGGGGGCGCCGUGCGGUGCCUCGGCUUCCACCGAGUCGAGCAAAACCCAAAACCCGGAGUCUUUGCUGGACAUCGCGGCGAGGAAAGUCGCGGAGAAGUGGCCGUUUCAGAGGGUGGAGGAGCGUUUCGAGCGGAUCCCGGAACCCGUCCAGAGGAGGAUCGUGUACUGGUCUUUUCCGAGGAGCGAGCGGGAGAUCUGUAUGUACUCGUCGUUCAACACCGGCGGCGGGGAGGAGAUUGGAAGUAGCGGGGACAGCAGCGACGAGACGCGGCUGCCGUUCCGGAGAGGCAUCGCUCUGCUGGAGAGCGGCUGCGUGGACAACGUACUGCAAGUCGGUGAGUGAUAUGACGGAAAUACAGGGGAAAAAUAGCCCAAACACGUCCUAUCUCUGAAAUUCAACAGCCGAAACACAGAGACAAGACCUCCGCUGACUAUUCUCCAUGUGAAUAAGUCAGAACAUAUUAGUAUUUAAAGUGACAGGGGUUGACAACAAAGGGGGAAGCGGUCAGGCGGCAGAGCAGCGCCUACAAUGGGGCUUUAAAUCUGUGUGUGCAUGAAUGGAAAUGUGUGACUGGGGGCAUUUAAAUCCCGUUUUGCUCGGGGGUAGUUUGAAUGUGAAACACAAGGCAUAAAGAGGGGAAAAAUCCCGUAAUUGAGUUGAAAAUGAAGCUGUGCCACUAACAAAAGAGGAAUCCCCUCAUUUCCCACAACAACAGCACCAAACCCCAUUCAAAAACUUAUUGAAAUAAGAGUACUUACAAACUCCUGCUUGUGUGAGGGAAUUCUGUAACAUUACCACAUAUUUGUGCUGGUUCGGGGUCAUAAAAAAGCACUUAACCUACUAUAUUUGUCCCUUAUCCACUGUAAAGAUUAAAUCAAAGAAAGUGAUAUGGAUUAAAAAAAGACUGGGGGGCGUUUACACUCAUUUAUGUCCUCAAUGUGAUCAUUUUAAACUAUAUCUCACAUGCCUGACCAUUUGAAAAUCAGUUUUAAAUGCUUACAUAAAAGUAUUGAGUAAUAAGGGAAGUGCUCAAAGAGCGUUGGGUUGGGUUUCAACCGCCAUGCAUUGCAUUUGAAUGAGUUGUUCUGUAUGUCACAAUUUAUGAUACGAGUUACGGCUGCUCCAUUUUACUUAUGUUUACUUACCAUUACACUCAGGAUUGUUUUUAGUAAUGUUUAGACCAUGAUUAUUAAACCUGAUUAUUCACAGAAUGACACAUAAUGACUCUAUUCAUACUUUUAACACAUAAACCUCCUAAAGACUUUUUAAAAAAUUGGCUAAAUAUAAAAAUAUCCAGUAAAUAAUUUCCCCUUUUUGUUGCAUGAUGUUCAUUUUUAUCCUCAUGCUCCUUUUUGCACUCCCAAACUUUGUGGCACAUCAAUCUUGGUGCAUUUUAUUCUUCAUGCUCAGCUGUUUAGGAAGGGAAGGUGUGCUUUACAGUGCGUUACAGUGUGUUUAAAGUCAAUUAGCUUAUUUGCACAAUCACAGUAGGCCAAAGAUGAAAUGAAAUUGAAUAUCGAUCGAUGCCUCGCUCACGUUGUGUCUUUUCCUGGCUGCAGAUUCAUCCUGGCAAGGAGUGAAAAAGCAGUCAAAUACCUAGUUAAACUUUAUUCUUGCUGUUUUGUACUCACAUGUUGUGAAUAUCGGGUUGUUUCUUGGGUGUUUGAAAGUGAUAAAGAGCUUUUUCUCGAAGUGAAAGAGGAACAAACACAUGUGCUUGCUGAGCUGACAACUGCUAGCGCAUGACAACUUUUCUCCUGUGACAAAACAUUUGGUUUUAUGUCAUUUUUUAAGUUGUUGUUGUUUCACCGUUUCUCUCAUGAUUUAAUUACCGGAGCAGCUCUCAUGAAAUCCCCUGCAUUCCUACUGUGAGUUUGGCACUUUGUUCCUAUUUUCAUGUUCAUUUGUGCCUUUCAAGCUUCCCCUCUCCUCCGAAAAGAGAAGGCAAACAAAAGCGUCUUUUCACUCCCUUGUUAAGUGGAGGAGAUUUGGAAGGAGGAAGCGUAUUCUUCUUAAAUGGACCCAUGAUUCACACCAAACCACAGCCAAUCGGUUCAGGAUUCAGCUCCUGUUUUGUGUAAUCGCAGAAACAUUGGAGAUAGCUCACUUUGCCGUCUCACGUUGGGAGUCUUUGAUGGUGUCUGUCACCUGUGAGUCCACCUCCUCACGGCGCUGUAAUCCCAUUACUCUGCAUGCUUCAUUUGAAUAGUAAUACAAUCUGAACACUUAAGUUUCUGCAGGGCCCGCCCCCCACUUUUAAAAUGCAGGAGUGGGCUUUGUGAGGGGGCCACGGGGAAUACACAUCCCACAACACACACCAGGCUCCGUCCUGCCAAAAUAAGAGCCCUAUAUAUUUUCCCAGAUAUUGAGAAAUGUUUCUGUAGGGGGAGGAACUGGAUCUGCGUUGUUAUGCCAGUGAGCAGAGGGGGGCUGGAUCUGCAUGCUUACAAAGAGGAAUAACACCAACACACACACACACACACACACACACACACACACACACACACAGAGGGAGGGUUUCUUUCUUGGCUGAUUGCACCCCAGCCUGGAAUUUGCUGGAAAAAUAGAGCCAAGAAGUGAUAAAUAAAAGAUGUAAUCUCCUCAUGUGUGGGCUGUACCAGAGGAGGGAGGGUUUUUUCUUGCAGCAGACCUUGAGGAAAUGAAUUGGCACACAUUUUCUGAGAGUGGACCCCCUCCUCCUCACUCCACAACAAACCCUCACUGUUAAUCAGCGCAAAGAUAAAGGAAGCCAUUUUUUUCUGUCCUGCGAGGGUAAAUACUGCAGCAGCUUCUUCAGUUUAGACUUCAGGGCUGCUUUAUUCCCUCACUUCAGCAGAUUUCAUAUUUGUUGGGAUGAUAUUGAGCUGCAAGGUGAAAGACAAAGAAAUAACUAAAGUGCACUCCAAGUACACUCCGAGCUAUUGGCAGUUUAAUAUCAAACACCAAGAGUCGUGUCCAGAGGUGAUAGAUUAGCAGAUAAAUCGAGGGUUUGGAGAAGCAAUCACAUGUUUGCACUCUUUCUGAAGCCAAAGAAGUCACAGUUUGACCGUCUCAGCUCCUCAGAAUUUGGAAAAAUUCUGCUUUUCUUCUCGAGCAUUGAAUAAGAUAUAUAACUUUAAAAGUUUUUGAGUUUGGGAAGCCUAAUCUUUAAACUGAUCCAAAAUCAAGACAAGUCCCAAAAUUGACCAGCUCGUUAAAGUAACAGAAACAAAAUGCAAAUGUAGGUCGUUGCAGAAGCAGCUCAAACUGCAGCACCAGCACAGUGACAACUUCUUAAUAACUACUCAUUAACUGUUGCUAUCUUUGCAAGGAGUCACGUAAUUGCCUUAAACAUUUCAUUAGGUUUCUAAUUAGAAAAAGGAAAGUCAAAUUCACCACCCCAGCACAUUAAAUUUAAAGACUUUUUUUCUGCUUCAUGCAUAAAGAAAGAGUAAAAACUGCAGGUUUUUAAAACUCAAAUGGGAUCAAUAUUAAAAACACAUGCAGAAAAACACUGAAAUUUGAUGAAACAGGAGGCAAAGUGAAGUUGAAGGUGUGAUGUUGAAUGUUAAAAUCACUGUGAGGAGUUUUGAACUGACUCUGAAAUAGUUUCACUCUUCAUGACCUGCAUAAUAAAACCAGACUAACAGCAACAAGUCAGGUUGUUCCUUAAAGCUAUAUUUUAGUGCCUGGGGUUCUAUUUUCUGUGAAAGUCCAGGGUCAAUAUGAGGCUUUUGAGCAGACCUGAGCACAGUUACCACUUGUAAAAGCAACAUCACAUCCUGUUACACCACUCUCAACAUGUUUACAUGUUAGAAACUUGAUUUUCAUCCUGAACCUGCAGGUCCACAUCAUGGUAAACCUUCAGUCACCUGUGGAGAGGCUCUGUACGGUGACAUUUCAGGGUCACGGUCAGUAAAGUGUUUGUUUUGGAAGUUGUUGGUGUAUUUAUUGUCUCAUUAGCCUCUCACUAACUUGUUUGUUGAUUGUUUUGGUGUAUGAUGUCGACUCGUUGCUUGUUUCAGUAAAUAUUUUGCAGGAGAAAGCAGGUUUCAGUUUGAUUAAGGAGAACUGCUGUUUACAAGCUGUUUGUUGAUAUUUUAUUGAGUAUAACAUACUAUAUAAACUAUACUAUACCGUGAAAACAAAGAAAGCAAACUCUGUUCCUGUUUAUCUGGUUUUAAUGUUUUUGUUUCUGUUGGUAUAGAGUCAUAAAGUUCACUUUAGAGGGAGGACGAAAGCAAAGAGCGAUGAUGGAGUUUUAACAGAUUUACCAUAAGAAAAAUAAAAACAACAAGAAGUAGAGUGACUGAUGAAAAGAGGUGAUUGAUGGAAGAAAGAUUAUUGAAUAGAUAGAUAAAGAGUUGUGGAUAACUGGAUGAAAAGUUAACAGAUGGAGGGACUGAUGGACGGAUGAUUGAAGUGAAAGAUGAAAAAAAGUCCAUAGAUGGAAAGACUGUUGACAGAUGGGUGUAUAGAUAGAUUUAUAAAUAAACAGUUUAGAAGGGAUGGAUGGAUGGAUGGAUGGAUGGAGGGCUGAUUUAAAAGCUGGCAGAUGAAAUGAUAAAUCAACGGACAGAUUUGUAACUUAUGGACCAAUAAAUGGAGAAUAGAUGGAUGGAGGGAUAAAAGGAAAGAUGGUUACACAGAUGGAUGAAUGGAUGAUUUAGCGGUGGGAGGAUGGAUGGAUGUAUUGAUGAAUAAAUGAUUGGAUUGUAGAAAAUUGCAUAGGUAGACAGCAAGAUGAUUAAUGGAUAUGGAUAAGUUGAUGAAUGGAUGGAUGAAAAUAAAAUGACUGAUGGGUUGAUGGAUGAAUUGACAGAAAUAUGAUUAAUGAUAAAUGGAUGGAUGGAUGGACAAGGUGGAUGUGUGGAUGAAUGGAUAGAUGGAUGAUAAAUGGAUAGAUGAGAUGGAGGGAUGGAUAGAUGGAUAGGAUGGAUGUAUGGACAAGAUGAAUGGAUAGGAUGGAUGUAUAGACUGGAUGGAUAGGAUUGAUGGAUGGACAAGAUGGAUGGGUGGAUGGAUAGAUAGAUAGAUAGGAUGGAUGUAUGGACAAUAUGGAUGGAUGGACUGGAUGGAUUUGAGAGACUUGUUUGAAAAUGAAGACUAGAUGGAUAGUUGAUGAAUGGAUGGAUAUUGCAUGGAUAGAUGGAUUGGUGUAUGUUGAAUGGACAGAUAGAUGGUUGGAUGAAAGAUGGAUGGAUGACAGAUGGAUGGAUGAUUGGGCAUAAAGUUUGAAAAUAAAGACAGGAUGGAUGAUAGAUGGAAAGCUAAAAUGGAUGGAUGAUGGAAAUGAAAUCUCUCUCUUUGCUGAUGAUAACAGGUUUAUCAGGCAGACACUGUUCAGAUGUUCACUAUUCUUAAUUAAACCUGUUUCCACGGCAACAGUUUGUUAUCAGCGCUAUGGUGUCUGCCUAUUGCAGGAGACACAAGUGUGAUGAUUGGAGCUAAUUAAACUUGAACAUUAGCUUAGCUCAGUUUGUUCUUUUGUCCACAACUUUCUCUUUAUAGUUUCUCUUAUUUUAUCGCCUUUGUCUUGUUUUGUUCACGUUCAGUCUUGUUCAGCUUCAGGGUUUUCCACCUGUAGGUUCAGAGGAAUAAAUAACCAUGACUUAUCCUGAAGAAGACUAACUCUUUAUCCAUACACUCUUCCAAAACAAACACUUUACUGACCGUGACCCUGAAAUGUCACCGUACAGAGCCUCUCCACAGGUGACUGAAGGUUUACCAUGACGUGGACCUGCAGGUUCAGGAUGAAGUACGGGUUUUGGUGGCAUGUUAAAGUAUAGGCUGCUGUGUUUAUGUGCUCACUGAGCUGCUUAUUUUAGACUCAGGUUCUCCACCUGCUUCAUCAAAAUAGCUUCAAAGUGGUGGAGGUAAACUAAACAUAUGUUCAGAGUUAUACUUUCCCUCAGUGAGGACACACACACACACACACACACACACACACACACAUACAUACAUGCAGCAUCUAUAUGUGGAAGGUAAACAUCUCAUUAUACUGUCAUGUGUUUGUUGAUACCUGCAGUCACGAGGUCACGUUUAAGCUGCUUGAACUAAACAAGAAGGUCAAGUCUAUACCUACAGAGUCCUCAGAUGACCUGGUCUCUCACUAACGUGUCUCUAUUGACUAUGAGGGGUCAAAGGUCAGAGAGACCUUAAUGCUGCUGUCAUGUAUGGUGCUGAUUUGCUUACCUGGUCAGCAUUUGUAUGAUAAACAGAAGAAGAAAACAUAAAGUCUGACACAAUCAAAACUAUGAAGGAACUACGAAAGAGGAUUAGGGCAACAUGAAGAGAAAAGAAAUAAUUACAGGAAGGAGAUUAAAGUCAAAAUGUAGAGAUUGAACAAAAAUUUCGAGAUUGAAGUCGAAAUUUUGAGAUUUAAGUUGAAAUAUCGACAUUAAAGUUGAAAUUUAGAGAUUGAAGUCUAAAAUUUCAAGAUUAAAGUCCAAAUUUAGAUAUUAAAGUCGAAACUUAGAGAUGAAAAAAAUCUAAAUUAUGUCAAUAGAGUCAACAUUUUGAAAUUAAAAAUAGGAAAUUUCGACAUUAUAGUUGAAAUUUCGAUAUUAUAUUGUCUUGAAUGAUGUCGAAAUUCAUGAAAUUUUUAGAUUAAAGUCGACAUAAUUUAAGUCAAAAUUUCAACUUUUUCAAAUUUCGACUUUAAUCUUGAAAUGGAAAUUAAAAAAAUCUCCUUCCUGCAAUUAUUAUUUUUUUCUUCUUGUGGCCCUAAUCCUCUUUGGUAAAAAACUUUGAGGACUCUUUUAAACUUCUUCGAAGUUUUUCUAGCAGAAAUGUUAAAAGUUAUCAGCAUUUAGAUUCCUGGCUUUGCUGUUCCCUUCAUGUUUAAGAUGGUAGAUAAAAAGUUUAGUAAUUUUGAAGUGUUGUCCGGUCAAAAGACAAAACUGUGAUCACUCUACAUUUCAAACUCUUUAAAGACAAAAAAGCUGAUAGAAAAUCAUCAGUCUUUAAACUCAAACUAACCCUGAGCUGAUUCUCUCUGAGUCUGUGUCACUGUUUCAGUCACUUUGUUCACUGAAGUGCAGAAUUUGAGACUGAGUCCUGAAGUCUGUCACAGUCCUGUUUCCUCACAGACGGAGCUGGUGUCCGCUGUUGCCGCAGCCUGUGGAUUCUGGCAGCUCGGCCACCAGCUUUCCUCACAUUUCAUCAUGUGAGGUUGGAGAGGCUCUCCGCUCCGUUUCUGUGCGCUCAGACUGGCGGGUUUGGUUCUGCAACAGCUCGGCAAACUGUCAGCACACAGAGAAAUCUCAGCAGCUCUCUGUGGUGGACUUGUGUCAUCUCUGGUGUGAGACCAAGUCUGGAUGAAACUUCACAACUUCACCAGCUCGGCUCUGAAAUUGAACAUCCGGGCUCUGAGAUCAUGCAGCUUUUCUCCCCAUGUAUUGUUAAUAUCGCAACUUCUACCUGCCGUCUGGAGUUUGGUGGUAUCCGGAUUUUCAUACUGUUUAACCCUCACAAAUACGAGAGUUUAGGGGCAUAUUAUCACACACCAAAGUGUAGAGAAAAGAAACAAAAACUUCAUUUAAGUCCACUUUGAGGCGUUGAGCUUUUAUUGCAGCAACAGAAGAUUCUUCUUCGUGUUUGGCGUCCAGGCCUCCAACUCAUAACUCUGCAGAGUUUUUUGUUUUGGAACUGAUUGGUGGAAUGAAACCAGGCUCACCCCCAAACCUUAAAUUAAGGUGGAAAUGCAGGUUGGGUUCACACAAACUGUAAAACUGUAAAAUUUCAGGAAGUUUUCAGGAGUUUUGUUCAAACAUCUUCGAGAAAGGCCAAUUAAGAAUUUUCUGAGUCUGUGUCCUGCUGCCCCAAAACACUCACUACAGCAUUAGAUAUAAAUCCAUUAGCCUAAAGCAAGUACAGUAUAUGAAGAAAAUGCUGCUCAGUGUUCGACUGAAACCUAAAGCGUAUCAGAAAUCUCCAGGUAUGCUCUAAAUUCAUCACAGAUUUAUGAAGAGAAAAACCAAAGAUUUCUGCUUUCUCUGGAUUUUCACGUUUUGCUCCUUCAGCUUAAAACCAUCCCUAAGACUUGGACUGUUUGCUUCGACCUUUUUAUAGCUGUGCUUACUAAAACAUUGUGCCACAAGAUCUUUAUGGACCCUUCAGAGCCUAUUUGAAAACAAAAAUACAUGUUUUGGAGCUUUUUUUAGAGAUCUAUAUCCCCAGGAGUGACCAAAGGGCUUUUAUAGCUCAGAGCCACAAAGAGAGUAAAGAAGAGGAUGAUUUAGUUUGAGAUCUUUUUGUUGAUGUUUGUUUAGAAAUAGAAAAAUACAGAAUAAUGUUUGUCAUAUACUAUAAAAUCCCACUCCUCCUGAAAAGACUCGAAUGUAUAUAAUAAACGCGUAGAAGGAACAUUUGAGCUUCUUUUUCCUGUGUGGAAACGGGACUGAAAAAGUCACGCCACAUUCCUCGUGGUGUCUGACACCAGCCUGGAAAAUACCUAGGCAGAACUCCAAGACUUCGACCAGCAACAAGAGAAAAACUCCGACUGACCCGAUUCAAAUUCUUCGCCUCUGUGAACAUUAGCCCUGACUGGACCGUCCCCUCAUUUCAUCCCAGUUUGGUCACUGUGGCGUGAAACCAUUUUUCAACAUGGCAGCUUUUCUCCAUGACCGGUCUCUGUGAAAUCCUGCAGCUCCAAGAAAAAUUGAUCUCAGUGAGCAGAAGAAGCAUAUGGAGGUGCUGUGCAUACACCAUUAAUGCUGAUCAACAUGCUACAAGGCCAAGCGAAGUGUGAGUGUGUGUGUGUGUUUGUGUGUAUUUGUGUGUGUGUGUGCUCACUCUGCGCAUACUUACAAAGCUUUGCAUCAUUCAAUAGGUGCGUGACGACUCAUUGAUUCUUCAUAAAAUUGCAGAUGAGAGAGCGAGCCGGCAGUAAUCAGUGUGUACAAGAGGCCUGAGGCUUUCUGCAGCCGAGUGUGUGUGGAAGAUAAGACAAAGUGAGCUUUGAUGUGCUAAACUCGUCUUUAAUUCGACGAAGAACGCUGACUUUAGCACUUCGGUGCCAACAGUAUCAGAGAUUUAAAGCUGCUAUCUUGCAUAAUCCAUAUUUCAUAAAUCAUUGAUCGUAAUUUGAAAAAAGAUGAUCAAACCUACAGAUAAACGAGCAGUUUCAGCUCAUUUUUUCAGCUGUUUGACCCAAAUGUCAGUGUUUGUUUUACUUACAGUUCAUUUUUAUUUUGUGUCGACAGUUACUUUAAAGGGAAAAAAGCCAUUGGUGAGUUUCCCCAAGGGCUGGGCGAUAAACCGAAAAUUUACAGGUUGGGAAAUUUACGACAAUAACCAUCAUUUUGCCCAUAUCGUUUUAUUCAGUGUCAAAUAAAUAAAAGUUGGUUUUGGAUGUGUUUAGGUAGUUGAUGUGGGAGGGGGUGAGCAGCUUGUGGAGAAGUUAUCGUCCGUUUAUUGUUAUCCAGGUGAACUGCUCAAUAUAUUCUGAUAUUGAUUUGAGGCCAUAUCAGUCAGCCCUAGUUUCCACCAUGUGGUCCAGUUUGGUUUGGUACUUUAAAUCCUGGUCCUUGCAUUUCCACCGCAGAGGCUCUUCAUGAAGAAGGCUUUGUUGCACAAAAAUAUGAGCCCUGUACAAAAGCGUCCUCCAUGAGCCCCCCUUUAUCGAAGAGGAUAGGACAGAGACUAGAACAGGAAAUGAGGAGAGAGAAUGGGGAACGACACGCCGACUUCAGAUUAAAACUACCUGAUGAUCCCUCCACGACUUCCCCGCUGUGGUUUAGCACUCCGUCCACAUCCAUCCGUGUCUCCCUGAUCAGUAUUCCUCUGCUGUAUCCCUUCAUCAUUAACCUUCAGCUUGACGGAGGAGAGGAGAGGCGGUGGAUGAGGAGGAUAGAGGAGGGGAGUAACAAGUUUACAUCUGUCCUCCUCCUUCAGUUCGAUGUUUCUGUUCAGGAUGCUGCUGCUGGCUCUAAAUACCAAACAAAUACACCAUCAUGGCUGCUUGAAUUUAGUCACUUUCUGUUAUUUUCUGGAUUUUUCCAUAAAAAGUAAAAAUAAUAAGUGACAGGUAAUUUUGUCAGUAUUUGAGGUUUAAUAGGACAUAACACUUGUAGCUGAGAGUCUGUGGGCUGGAAAGUAGGGCUGGGACGGUAUGCUUUUCUCCUGAUUCGGUUCUUCUAUGAUUUUUUGGAUGCUGAUUUGAUUUAAAUUGCAGUUCUACAAUAUUGUCGAUUUUCUUGAUUUUUGGUCUACAUUUUUAACACCAGUGAAACAAUUGAAUGAUUAUGAUUGUCUACUUACUAUUCCAGGAACCAUAUUUCCCCCCAAAAUACACAUAAUAUGUAAGUCAGUUUUUAAGAUUUAUUCUUAAAUUAAAAAAAAAAAAAGAUUUUUGAAAAAAAAAUCGAUCAAAAAAUGUUGAACAAAAACCGCGAUACUUACUUGAAUCGAUUUUUUUCUCCCACCCUUACUGGAAAGCGUCUUAAACGGUUCUUGAACCAUUUUCUGAUCGUUUCAGCUCCGGAAACAAAAGUCCUCCUCACACAAUUGAGCAGUUUCUCAUCUUUGGGGAGUUUUUUUUACCCCCACACUAUCCACAAGUCAAUGCCUGCUGCUGUCCUCGCCUCCUGGGAGCUCUGGGCCUCAUGGGGGUAGGGAGGGAGGGAGGGUCUCCGGAGAGGAGUGCCCUUCGGACCUCUGCGGCUCUGCAAACAGAGAACUUCAGUUAAUAACAGGUGAAGUGCUGCGUGCAUUUUAAGAAUAUGAGUUUCUGAGGUCGUCACCACAUACGUGUUUUAUUUUCUGACUUUAUGAAUACGAAGGUCUGCUGAUAAAUUACCGUCUGUUGGGUCGAGCGAGCUUGUGCAGAGCAGGCGGCUCACCUCGCUCAGCCUGGAUGUAAAUCAGAAGCUGCUUAUGAGCAAACUUGCUGUUAAACUCGGGCUUAAAAGCGUCAUCCAUCAGAGAGUGUUGUUAGCUCACAGCAGAGCAGGCGUAUAACCAAGAAAAUUGGACUCUUUGUUUUCUGACUUUAGAAACAGUAGCUGGUAUCAAGCUGAAAUCACAAACACGGAUCAGUAUCGGUAAAUUUUUUGGAGGCGUAGCUUAAACAUGGACUUUAACAUACGAAAAAUAGAUGUGAGAUGACUUCUAUAGUUUAUUAUCUCUAAAUAUGAUCCAGCUCAUCGUGGAUUAUCAAGACUUCAGAUACUAGUCCAGUUUUGUAUGGCGACUAUCCAAAACAACUUAGUUGCUGAGAGGCUGAGUAAGGGAAAACGAUACCUUGCCUGAUGCGCUGGCUGUAUAAACUUAAAAAAACAGGCUGUAUCUCCUUUUGUUGUUUUAUUAUGCAAAAAAGAUGAAGCACUUACAUGAAAACAAAAGAAGGACAGUCGUUCAAUAUCAGGCGAAACAUAAGCAAAGAAGCGGUCAGCAAAAAGUAGGACUUCCCCAUUUAUUCCCUCUCCAUUCAUCCACAAAAGCCGCCAGGUGAGCAGUUGACUUCACUACUACCGGGCCUGACGUACGGUAUUUAACCACACAAUACACAAACACCAUAAAAGAUCAUGGCUACCACAAAGAACUGGCAUCUAAAAGUUCCCAAAAAGUUUGGAUGCAAGGUUCACCACUCUGUGCGAGACUGGGUGAGCAAAUAGUGUGACAAUUUGAGGUUGACUGUAUGUUCUUCUUCAUAACUUGCAAAAGGUGUGAUCUCUGAGCUGUCAGGAGGCACCGCAUUCAAAACAGACAUGACUCUGUAGUGGGAGUCCCUGCACAGGCUUAAAAUAACUUCCGAAAACCACCCAGUGAGCACAACUUGUUCUGCAUUUACAAAUACAGGUUAAAACUGUGCCGUGCAACAAAGAAACCAUAAACAUGAUCCAGAGAUACCAGUGACCUCUCCAAACUCAGGACCCCACACUGUAGAGUAGUUAAAAACCUCUAUCAGGCAAGAAAAGGUGAAUUUUCACCUCUAAACUGCUCCCCUGGAUCCCCAAACAUUGUUAAAAAAAAAAGUGUUGAUGCAGCUUUUUUAUCAGGUGUGUGUUUCAGGUGUGAAUCUGUGAGUUACGUAACCCGACUGAAGCAUUACCUGGGCUCGUCUUUGCUGCAAACAGCCGUUAAACUGUCAGUAUGUUGUCGUAACGGCGAGUCAGCGAGAGGGAGAGACGUUCUCUCAGCGUCACGAGGAGGGGGGAGGGGCUAAAACAGGAUGCAGGUCACAUUGUGUCACUAUUGUGCUUCAUACCAGACUUAACACACCCUCAACCUGGUUUCUGUUUGAGCCAGCUCAGCAUGUGUGAAUUAAACCGACUCCGCUCUGACACAGCGGGUGUGACUGGACUGACAGAUACACACAGUCAUCUUCAUCCUGCCUCCUCCUCCUCCACCUCCUCAGUUUGCUCUGCGGACGGUUAUUUUAGUAUCUGUUGGCUCACGUUAUCUGAGUUCCCAAAAACCAAACAGCUGGAGCUCGCCUCCUGCUCGGCUGAGAUCUUGAUUAUUGCAUCACGUCCUCCUUCAGACUGGAAGAUAAGAUUUUAAAAGCAGCAGAAAAACUCAGUUUUGCAGCAGAGCCUGUUCGUUAGUGUGAGUUUUUCCCGUAUAUUUUGGUGGUUAUAGUUUUAUACUUGGAGGAGUUUGAAUAGUGGCCCUAUCUGAACUCCACUCUCACACAUUCAUCUGGUCUGUCUGCCUCGUGUCGUAUCAAGUGCAUUAAAGCCGAGUCAAUACCAGUUUUAAAAGUAUCUUGUUUCCAUCACACACGCCGGUAUUACUCAUCUCUUAACAGAUAUAAACAAUGACUCAACUUGUACCCGCAUGCUGAACAUAAUUACCCCGUCUGAUCAGAAACAUACCGGAUGGGUUAGCAGAACCUGUGGGAACUUGUGUCGUCUUCGAGGUGUGAUUGUGAGGGUUUAGUGGAGCAGGUUUCUCAACAAAAUAAGACGCCGACUCAUAUUUAAAGGUAUUAAAAUAUCAGAUCAUCCGUUGAACAUUCACUGUUUUGAAAGGGGCGGUUGACAGACUUUAAAUGAGUUUGAUCAGAGUUUCUUCUGACUGGUUUGUUUGGAGUAAAGCAGAAACUUUUUAGGCUCAUGCUCAAUAUGCUCAGUGCCUUUAGUCCUUGUCACAGUGGUUGUUGGUUUGACUCCCGCCCUUGACUCCUGGCUGUAUGUCAUUCCCCACUCCCCAUACUUGCCCGCUCUCUUCAGCUGUCCUGGCACAUAUGCCCCAAAAAACAAAAAACAACUUCAGUUUCGCUGCAGCAAAAUUCAGAAAAAUAAAACACACAGCACAAACUGGUAUCAUGUAAAUAAUCUGGAUUGGGGUCCAGAGAAGUCAGCAGCAUUUCUGGAUCAUGUUUAUGUGGUUUCCUCUUUGUGUGGAGCAGUUGAACUUUCAUUUAGUGAUUAAAUGGAAGGAUUUUUGGAGACAAUGCGGUGACCUCCACUACAGAGUCACAUCAGUUUUUCAAUCAAUCAAUCAAUCAAUCAACUUUAUUUCUAUAGCACAUUUAAAAUAACCACAAGGGUAGCCAAAGUGCUGCAUUUUUGAUGCAUUGUCACUUGAGGUUUAAAGAUUCUGGCCUUGUCUGUUUUGUAGAGAAUUUUUAUUAGAUUAUCUUUUAAAAAUACAUUAUACUCUAGAUGAUGAAACUCUAUGCCGCUACAUUAAACUGUUGAAUUAUUUAUGAAAGAGGAUUAAGGCCACAAGGAGAGAAAAAAAUAAUAUAGGAAAGAGAUUUUUUUAAUUUCCAUUUUGAGAUUAAAGUCGAAAUUUAAGAAAGCUGAAACAAAAAAAUUUGAAAUUUCGAUAUUUUAAUCUUGAAAUUUUGACAUUAUUUACAACACUUCGUAAUCUUGAAAUUUUGACUUUAGUCUCCCUCUUGUAAUUAUUUGCUCUCGCAGAGUGUAUAACCUAUUUUUAAAUAUCUAAUCUGACUUUUAGCGUUUUGUCAGCCUUGUACCAAUUUUUUCAAACAUGUUGCAGGAAUUAAACUUGAAAUAAGCAUACCUUUUAAAUAAAACAAUAAAAUUUAAAUUGUUUUAUGUUCUAUUUCAAUCAAAAAUAGGCUUUAAACUGUAUGCAUACCAUCAUAUUUGUGUUCUCAACCAAUAAGUGAAUCCGAGGUGAUGUUCAGAUGGAGUUUCACUGGUACUGCAGACAAAAAUUCAGAGGAACUGCAGCUUAUUUUCAGACUGUGACUAAGCGGGUGCCCUCCUACCACUUCACUUGACAUUUCAGCCAAACUACAUUUCAAACACUGAAGAAAAGCAAAAACUCUGCACAGAAGAUCAAGCCUCAGUCAGAAAGGUGAACUCUUCACUUUUCUGUCAGUGAUAGACCUAAAUUCACGGGGAACAUCAGGGAAGUUUUUACGUGAGGUGACAAACUUGUUGAACAGUUUGCCUGCCAGUGUUUAGACAAUGGAAACAUUAUCAAAUAGUUUCAGGAAGCGCCUCAAAACCAGGUUUUGCUUGUCCAAACUUCGACACGUUGUACCUGUUGGAGCUUUAAGGCACUCACCCAAAAGUUUGACACAGCCGUGAGUCAGUGAAGGUCAGGCAGAGCCUGCAGCUACAGUUGGACCAGGAGAACAAGCUCAUUUGGUUUUUAUUUCAGAUACAGACAUGGGCACAGAGGCGGAGCAUGCAAAGAGGCAGAAUGAUCAACUAAAACUCGACAGGAGAUCCCAGAGUGAGAGCUGAGGCAGGGGGCAGGAAGUGAAUGGUUUUAGGACCCGUGACAACUCAGCCAGGCAGGGGGUUUGCUUUGUGUGACACACAGUCUGAGCACUCAGUAAAUUUGGCUAAACAAACACUGAUGUUCUGUCUCUCAGUCAGACAUGUACAGGCGUAUAGAAACAGAGGGCAGAUGGCAGAAGCGUUUUCUGGCAGAGCAGGUUCACAUUCAGGAAGGAGGCUGACAGUCGGGGCUCAAAUUUGCACUAUGAACUCAACUUUAGUAUGAAACUUUUACUUUUUUAGGAGGAUAACAGUAUUUGAGUACAUCUGAUAACACUGUUUGACAAGUCCACUACACAAUGUAAAAACACCCCCUGUUAUCGCCAUAUUGACAUAUUUUAGAGUUGAUUGUGUCCCAGUUUUAUGCCUCAGUUUUUGUCUGCCUUUCUCCAUUGUUAGGCCAGGGUGAUGAUGGUUUGUAGUGAGAACAAUCAGACAUGUCACACCACAUUUUAACUGGUUUGUGUAUACUAACCAGUGUCUCAUGGUGCAACUCCUGUAAGUCCAAUCAGAAGUCAGGAAUUGAAGACGGCAGUAAAGCUUGUAACGAUUAUGGCUUAAGUGGGAUAAGGAGUGACUUAAAGUUGAAUAUAACACUAAUGUCUCCUUGUGCUUGAUGGUAUGGUGCAGAUUAUCAAGUUUUUCUGCCUUAUUAAUCAACAGAAAGGUCUUAAGACAAACAAAUAACAGUCUAAAUGGUUGAAUGAGAAUAACCAGAAACAUUUCAGCCUGAUAACAACAUCUGCUUCACCCUGACCACGUUAGAAGAACAGAAAAUUUGAGGUCUUGAUUUCAGUAUGAGAUGCUCUGAGUCAACAUUAAAAUAGUUCCUCGGCUUGUUCUCACCUGACCCUCCCUGCUCUAUCUUUUCUGUAUGUAAAUAGUGUGAAUGUGCAAAUAUGAAAACACACUUACUGGAAGAGUUUGCAGUAAGACCUUUGGUGAGAUCUUUUUACCGUUCUGACGUUAUUUGUGGCUUUGCUCAGUGAUAUUUUUUUAUGUAACUAGGCCACAGAAUGUUCCUGUGAAUCUGGAAAACUGAAUAAAGCCUGGUUUGGUUUUUUUAUUAAAGUUUCCUGAUUUUUUUUUUUCCACGUGCUUCAGCAGCAGUUUUGUCACGUUCACACUCUGACAUUUAACCCACACACUCAUCAUGUCAAACUGUUUAUGACCUGUGGAAGCAACUGCUGUCAGUUCAAAGGUCAAAGGUUACACUUGAGCUCGUGAAGGGAAGUGCUUGUUUGUUUGUGCCGUAGCCUGCAGCAGGUGUGUGUGUGUGCAGUGUGUGUGUUUUGACAGAUGCAGAACAGCAGAGUGGACGUGUGUCCUGCAGGGUUGCCCCCUGGGAUUACUUUCUGUGGAUUUGUGCGAACGUAUCGAGACGGUUUAACAUUUUGAAGUUCAACACCGCCUACACAUUUAGUGGCCCCAGAGAAGAUUAGAAACCUGGGAGAAGAAACUCUAUCCUUGACGCCUCUGUUUUGCAUGAGCUGCAGUUUUGAGUUAACGUUUUUAAAAAUUUCUGUCAAACUAGUGAAAUCAUGUUCAGUAAUCUCUCCCUUUUAGCUCUGGUUUUGGUCUCCACCAUCUGGUUUUUCAGACACUUAAUGCUCCACUCGGCAUGCAGCUAGUCUCUUACCUUGUUUUUCUUUCUUUCCAUUUUUCUGCAAAAUAUGAAAAGUACAGUCCUUCUUGAAGUGUUUGAAUUUUGUACCGUGUGACAGUGUGAAUUUUAGCAUUAAUUUAUAUAUAAUUUGAAUUUAGUCAACUUUAGACAAAAUGCUUUUAAGAUUCAGUCAUGUUCUAUCCAUUAAAAAAAAAAAAAUUUAAUCAAGUGUUAAGCAAUGAAACAAUUAUGUAUUUCAGUCUAGUUUAAGUCUAGUCUAGUUUAGUUUCAGUUUAAGUCCAUAAAAUCUCUGUACAUUAAUGCUGCGUUCGAGUUACCUCAGAAGUCAGAAGUCCGAGCUUAAAAUGACUUCACACCCAGGUUUCCAACGUUUCGGUUAUCAAGUCAGAAAAAAACAAAAUCGCAGGCAGAAUCAAGAUGGCUACAUCUAUGAAAGUUAUUUUAGAGCUUGCCUUGUCCGAAUAGAAGGCAAGCGUCCCUGUUCACUGUGCCCUCUGCUACAUCUUCGACGAGUUAGAGAGGAUCAUUACCUUAAUGCAAAACGUCUAACUUAUCUCUAAUAAAUCCUCAAACCAGGCUAAAUCGAGACUUUUACGCAGAGUCUUUAAUGGUAAAAGCAGUAAAACGUCUGUUGUCGCUCUGAUAGCUGAUCGUGUCUUUGUCACCAAUGAGCAUCAGGAAAAGUUUAUGAAUGAAAAUAAAGAGGAGAAUAAAGUAGGAGAGGAUUUGUCCCCUCUCUGCACUUGUUAUAAGUGUCAAAAAUAUUACUUCCUCCCUCGACUAACUAACUGUUUCACAGGAAUACGAUACGAUUUGAGAAGAAAUCUGGGUUUUUAAUGUCCAACGGUUCACCGGCUGAAACAUUAACAAAAUUAAAACAGAUAUUCGCUGAGGUUUUGUGAUAAAUUUUUACUCCACCAUCGUCUUUACAUGGCAAAAAAAUAUUGUUGUCUAACACUUUGAGUAAUGAUUUUACAUUAACUUUAUUAACAGUGACAGAGCUAGCUUAAUUUUUAAACUGUUACUUAAUUUUUAAGCUAAUCUACUGACUCUAGCUUUAUAUUGGCUGUGUAGUUGAGUGUUAAAGCAAAUCUCUUGGACAAUAAUAUGAAAAAAAUACAAACAAAUAAACACGUAAUCUAAAGAUAAAUGCUUCCUAUGUUUAGAUUGAGGUUUUUAUGGGGUUCCUGAUUUUGUUAGCAGCAGUUCAGCUCUGAGAGGAUCAUCUCUGCAGAGACCUGCUGUUUCUCUGGUUUGGGAAUAAAUGCAUUUGGAGUAGAAAGGCUCUGACUGGUCUGCUGAUGGUCCACAGAGGACAAACAGAUGACUUUUCUCUGAGCACUCAAACAAAUGCUUUUAAACCUAAGGAGACAGGGGAGGGGGAAAUCCUCUUUGGUUCCUGGAGGAGCUUCUUGUGAAACCUCGGAUGACCAUCUGGGCACGGAAACACAGACUGAUACUGCGUGUGUCGUAUGCUGCUGAGAUUGUGUAUGUGUUUUCUGUUUGUGGUGAUUUUUGUCUGAGUCAUUUUGAAAUAAGAGUCUUUAUUAGGAUGGUUUCAUAGAGUCUUAAGUCCUGUUUACUGGGGGAUGUUUGCGAUGUCUUACACAAUGCGAAGAUGGUCUCUUGCUUUGUCCUGAUAGGGCUGAGAAACUUCAAGUCUUUUCCACCUCUUUGGUACCUCAGUGCAGUUUGUUGAAUCUUAAGUUUUUAUACCGAAGUUAAACUGGAGGAAGAAGCAGAAAACUGGUUAGAUUCACACCAAAGACGAGAGUAUUGAUCAGGAUGUUCACACUAUGAAGCGCUGCUGGCUAUGGCCUAGUUAGCUAUAACCCUUAUUGACCUCGUUUUCAGCUUGCAUGGAGGUGCAUCCUUCCAUCUUCUUACAACACACACUUCAACCCCCCCGUCCCCUGACACUCCACUGUGUUCGCCGUAAGCUCAUGAACCCAGUUGACCUCUCGCCAAGCUGCCAGUCCACAAUGGCAACACUGGCAGAUUUAUCUCACCAAAAUUGUGGUAUAAUUUUUUUCAAGUACAGUCUUUUACAUCUUAUUUACAGUAAUCAGUUGUCAGUCUGAUAUCUGAAUAGAUGUCAUAAUUAUAGCUAGCUUAUCAAGCUAACAAAGGCACCAUGAGUUGCUUGUAAAAGACUGUUGGUGGUUUUAACUUCUUGACUUAAAACCAGUUUGCCUCUUGCUAACAUGUUUGUCGAUUGUUUUGGUAUGUGAUGUAAUAGGUUUAACUAGCUAACUGUAAAAGGUCUAUCACCACCUACUCGUUCCCAGUCAGCAAACAACUCCAUAAACUUCAGUGAGUGCAACGGGAGGCUGAUCUGACACCGGCAUUAAGGACAGAUGGUUAUCAGCGCACCAUGAGUAUUGAUUGGUUGUUUACUUCUCCUUCCUGCAGCCCCAGAGGUGGCUCUGCAUCUCCACGGGCGAGAGAUUAGCUUCCCCAUUGUCAUCAGAAGUCCUCAAACACUCGCAAACACAAAGCACACCUCGGCCCAGCAGCUCUUAAGUACGCCUGAGAGGACUGUUUUCAGCCUGCAUGAGCUGUCUGAGAGGCUGACUGGUGUAUAAACUCGCUGAGCAGCAACUGAGAUUUCAGCGUUUGUCUUUAGUUUGAAAAAGGUGAAAUCAGGUCUGAAUGUUGACGACAUCUUUACAGCUGUUUUUGAACCUACUAAGAAUGUCUCCAAAAUUAUUAGGCAACAGACAGUGAAAUCUCAAUUAUGCAAAUACAUUAUUCUGUUAUUAUUCAAACUAUAAAUACAGUGUAUUAUAGACGGUUAGUCAUAAGGUCUAGAAACAGUACUGUAACAGAAAACUUGGCUUAAAGAGACCCAUGAUGGCUGGACUUGUGUAGGUCUGAUGAGACAGGAACCAACAAUAAUCAUGCAUGCAAAUAGUUUAUCGUCAUACAGUUAAUUUUAUGGUUGUCUGUGAUGCACUGUUCCCUUAAACCCUGUUUUAACCAGCUGCGACUUGCUUGAAAAGCUGCGUGUGAAUAUGAAAUAAAUAACGGAUUUUCUGAUGAAACCUGGUCUAAACAAAACUGCUAGCUGAUCUGUGUUGUUAAAUGGUCAGAAAUUUGAAUCAGUUUUGAACGACAUUUCAGUGGUGGCUGGAAACGUCUUAUAUGCAGUUGUGUAAAUGUCCAAGAUUUGUUCAGGAGCUCUGCAAUCAAAUUUUGCAUAGUUACGCGUUAACACACGUCAGUGUGAAAUCUUUGCUGUUGGAUGAGGGGGAAGGUGGGUGAUGACAUCUAAAACAUGUGGUAAAAGCCAUAGUCAGAACGCUUGCGUGCACAGUUAAGUUGAGCUGCAGAUACACUGUAAUUCAAUUAGGCUAUUUAACCAGACUACUGUCCUUGUCCCAGUUUACAAGCACCAGGAAAGAAUUGGUUUAUUGAAUAUAUGUCUGCCUACGCCAGUCGGCAUUGAAAUGUCCCCGUUUAGCUCAUUAAUUCUUGGACAUCUCCGUGAUUGAUUUUUAUAACAUUUACCAAAACAAUUGACAAACAAGUUAAUAAGAAGCUAACAGGUUGUGCAUCGAACAAUGACAACAGCUUUGUUCCUUUUGCACGAUAUGAAAAUUCGCCUUUUUUCACCCCUUCUCAUUUGGUCUAGGUUUUGUUUACUAGCUAGCGUCCUUACAGUGCAUACAUGCAAACCAACUUCCAGUCAAAGCCCAACAUGCAAACUGAUGUGUAGACAUGCAGGAGAAAAUCUGCCCUGAACAGCAUUGUCUGGGUAAAUUUGUGCAGCUUUAAGAAGUUCAAUGUGGAAAUUUUAGCAGGAAACUGGUGAUAAACAUUCUGUGUAAAGUCAAGACAAAAAGUUUAGAUAUUUUUUUGAGUGCCGCUUGUCGGAAAAAUUGGGGAAGUUUUAUGGGUGUUUUGUGCUACAGUCACCGUCUUUCUCUUGGAAGAAGCCAAAGGGGGUCAACUAUCAUGUUUUUGUGCAUUUGGAGCUCUGGUAAAUGUUGUCUUUGGCCUUACAACUGAAAACGACCCCUGCCUGCAAACUCACAGUUUAAGUUUCAGUCAGCAUGUUGCUCAGGGCCUGUGGCAUGAAGCUCUCCUCAGGAUGAACCCUGUGGGGAUCUGCUCUUUCACAGGAAAACGUCCUGGCCUUGUUUUCAGCUACAAAACACCCCCUCCCCUCUAUCUCCCCUACUCUCGCUGAGACAUCCUCCUCCCUGAAUCCUAUAGAGACGGCUUAAGUCGACUACCUGGGGCUUAAUUGGGAGUGAAGUGUAAAACCUUGGUUUCCAGGCAAGGGUAUUCUGGGUACUUGCACGUCUCAAACGUCAGAUUAAAUCAUUGGUGUAUUUAUAAAAAUAAGAAGAAAAGGGCCACAAAGAGCAUUAAAAUGUUAAAUUUAUAACUAUUGUAUAUUUAAUUUCCAAUAUUUGAAUGUUUGAUACACCCACACACUGAAGGUGGUAUUGUUGUGACAGAGGAUUACACUCUUUAAUCCUAUUUUGUCAGAUUUCAGUCAGACUUCUGGAAAACACGGACACUAAAGCCCGCUACUGCAGGUACAAAGCAACACUUAAAUCAUGUUCAAUUGUUUAAUCCGUCCACACACACUUAGUGCCACUAAUCUGGAUCAAGAAAAUAUGCUUAUUGGUUUAUUUUUGCUAAGAGCGGAAUAAGAAGAUUGGAAAUCUGCAGCGGGGACAAGAAGCAGUUCAGCCGAGCACAAAAAAAAAACACUUUUUUUUUCUUAUUUAAAGAGACUGAAAUUCAUAUUGAUGCCUUUUUAUUUUAUUUUAAAAAGCAAACUGAACAGACUGAAUGGUAACAGAAAAGUUUAUGAUCUUAGUGGGUGGACAUGUGAAAUGCACUGAAUAAAAGAAGAAGAAAACUGUGGUUAUAGAAUCUGUCUUAGUAACCCCCAAUUUCCACUGCAUCCGAUCCGUAAUACAGGGGAUUUUUGCUGUCCACCAACUCCUAUUCGAUCUGUUUGUGAGAAGAAUUUCGUGGCAAACUAUAGACAGCAGGAAUCGCAAGAACUCACAACAACCUGAGGAUUCACGUGCAAUCGCGCGAUAACAAGUUGUCUCUAUAAAGACAGCCACAUAGACAUAGAAGCAGUAGAUUGUGUCCUUCCAGAGGAGGAAAUCCACUUCUAGACUUCUAGAAUCAGCAUCUCCUCAUCCAUAGUGUCAUUGGGGUGAAAUGACAUCUAAAAACCUUGCACUUGUUCGUCUCCGCCUGUUUGCAUGGUGUGAAAUAUGAUCUGCCUGAAACAGUCACUGUUUUAUUUUGAAAAGAAGCUGGAUGUUUUAUUUUGUGUCUGUGCCCGACUUCCUUUCCAGCCAAGUUAAUCUGUGCUGAAUUUAUCCGGCGUGCUCCAGCGUCCAGAAAAAAUAGAACUCUUGCAAUUAAGCGAUCCCCAGCGGAACAGAAAGAAAUCGGUGGAAAUUGACACAUUAACUUGAAUGGUUAUGAUCACCUGCGAUUGGCGGACACGGCCUUUUCACAGCCGUUCUAGAUGCAGUGGAAAUUGGGGGUUAGAAGUUUUCAGACACAUAUCACAUCCUGAGCUUUUUGUCCCUGAAGGCCGUCGUUGUUCCAAACAGGAGGGGUGAACAAGGGAGCCUCUCAAUCUAGAAUCUAAUAACACUCAACAUCGCUGGGGCAGUCAAAGUGCGCCCCAUGUUUGGAGGCUGUAGUCCUCAUUGCAGCUGCAGUUGCAGAGACCCUCUUCUGGGUGUCUUCCUCCUUCUCUUGACUCCCCACAUUUCCUGUGGCUGAAAAAUCUUUUUAAGUAGCUCUGCUGCUGUUACGUGGAUUGCAGGACAAGACGUUGCUCCAUUUUCUCCAAUCGGAGCGCUCCUCAGGCUGCCCUCAAUCCUCAUUAUUUCCUCACUCUGAGGACCAGCCUGAGACGGACUCUUGCGUUUUUUUCACAGUGUCAACAGGCAGAGGUAAAAUGUGCUUGACUCUGUGAUGAUCUGUUUUUUUACUUGCUACAAGUUUAGUUACAGUCGUUCAUAAUUCAGUUUUAUUUUUGAGUCAUACUUUUUCUUCAGAAUCCAAACUGAACUUUCAUCAUGGUCCUUCCUGUCAUUACCCCCCCCCCAGAUUACCCCGUAAACUCUUGAAUGACUCGGCACUGGGAGUGAAGGAGUUAAGUUUGGUUGCCAAGCUCGGCACAGUGCUGUAUUAUGCAAGCUGUGAAGCAGACACACACACACACACACACACACACACACACACACACACACACACACACACACACACACAUAGAGGAAGUGAAUUACAGAAUGCUGAGCUCAGGGCUUUGGCUCGCCGCCAAGCCAACACUCCUGCAUGUGCACACAUUCACACACACAUACACACACACAGACUCACACACUCAGCUGAGGGCAUACCGAUUUUUCCAGCAGCAGUAGCAGCACAGCAGCCUCCUCCUCCUCCUCCUCCUCCUCCUCCUCCUCCUCGAGUCACUCUCUCUUUCUGUUACGUCAGUAGUUCAGCUGUGGGCCAGGCAUGACCGGGGCAGGGCUGGAGAACACCCUGCAUUUUUCUGUGUGUGUGUCUGCGUGUGUGUGUGUGUGUGUGUGUUUUGAAAAGACAGGAUGUGGAACUGUGGUUGUGUGAUUCAAAGUGUGUUUGUGUGUCUGUGGAGCAGAAACAGCUGCGCUAAAAACUGACACGUCGUUUUUUUUUCUGUUUCUCUCUUUUUGUUUUUGCUCCUCUCGGUAUCACACACUCGCACCACAUACGCAGACACACACCUCCUCUGUUUACUGCCUUCUUCCACCAGCAGGCCGAUAUGUGUCAGCUGUGGUGUUUGUGUGUGUGUGUGUUUGUCACAUGUUUGUGAACAUUUGUGCAAAGUGGAAAUCCAACCUUCCAGCUAAUGUUUCAGCGUGAAAACCACGAUCACAGCUUUUCUGCACACUUUCAGCUGUUAGUCAGACUCAGAUGGCAGGAAAAUAACAUAUCCCCCGUUCCAAAAAAAAAAGUUUGUACGCCUUGAAAAUGCUGAGAUUAUGACGGUUAUCGAAUCAUUUAAACCCUUUAUUUAGAUCAAAUACGUGCAAAGAGAGCUGAUACAGAUGAAUGCUUAUUUUAGGUCUAAUGCAAACAACAAAUUAAGAAGAAAUCUGGACAGGGACAACAGAACUCAGAAAAUGUUCUGCUAAAGGAAGAAUUGGAAAUCAUAGAUGCUGCAUGCGCAGUUCUAAACAAUAUCUACAGGUUUAGGUGCAACAGCUGCUGCCAUCCAGACAAUGACUUUUUCAAGGAAGACCUUCAUAUGAUCCCAAACCACAUUCUGACAACAGGGAUUAUAACAGCAUGGCUCUGUAGAAGAAGAGUCCUGUAGUCCUGACUUGUUAACUUUUGCAAAAAAACAGACCAGGGGAAACCCCAAACUGUUGAGCAGCUGAAACCUUUGAUCAGUUGAACUCUUGUAUUUUCAUCUCUGUGCUGAUUACAGUAAUUAGGAGUCUAGCGUUACCUACAGUGAGAAUGAAACAGCAGAAAAACUCCCUCUAUGUAAAGUCCAAAAACUACAGAUCAUAUAUUUUGCAUCAGCUCUGCCUCUGACUCCAUCUGUCUUCCACUUUAACCCACUAACCCAGUCAGAAACAUCUUGACUCACUCACUUACUCUGGGAGCGUUUCGUCAUUUCAGAAAAACUUCGCUCGACAGUUUUUUGCUGCGUAGUCAUUUUUGUCAAUCUGGUUUGACGCGGUGUUCCUCUUUGUACCUCCUACAUGCAGCUGCUGAGUUUUCAGACUCCUCUUACUCAUCUUUUUUUCAGAGCUCGCACACUUUGUCACCGGGGGGGUUUUAAAAAUCCUCCUCCUCUUCACAUCAGAAAGUAUGAAGCUUUAUUUUCCUGGUUGAGACCCACAUACCUGACAGAAAUCUGAGUUCAGGCGGUUCAAAGUCGAUGCUGAAAUCUGCCUCUGUGUUUAAAGUUUACACACAUGGAGGUCUGUAGGUUUAAUCCUGUUUGAAGGCCAUAGGUUCACUAUACAAUAAACGCUCUCUGCCUGGGGUGAAAUGAUCCCGGCUCUCCGUCAGAGGGUGGAGGUGUUCAGGGGAAGGUAAACUCUGGAGGUGUUGUGGAAGGGAAAUGAAAAGGAAAUGAGAAUAUUUGAGGGUCAUCGCCCUCGUUUCUCUUUCUCAUUUUUCCCUCCUGAUGUUCGUCGUUUUCCACCAAAGAGUAUUCUCAUUAAAACGAACAUCUCAAGAGUCUUAAACGACAUGAACAGAGAUUUAAUUCUCCAAAAUUAUCUAUUUAAAGUUGAUAAUUUCUCCACAUAUUAUGAUUUAAACUCGUCUCAGCUGACCUCUUGUGGAUAAAAAGUCUGUUAUUGUGACUUUAAAGAGUUUCUGUGUGGUUUAAUCAAAGUGUUGUCAUGGUUUCAUGUAACCUGGUGAUGAUAAAUCUAUCUUCUGUGUUUUCUUCAGGGUUUCAUCUCAGUGGCACCGUCCGAGAACCGGCGACGUCCUCGGAGCCUGAGCUGCUCUGUAACGUGAGCGUGAGCUUCGACCGCUGUAAAAUCACCGCCGUCACCUGCAGCUGUGGGAACAAGGACAUCUUCUACUGCGCCCAUGUGGUGGCGCUGUCCUUAUACAGAGUACGGAAACCCGAGCAGGUCAAACUGCGCCUGCCCAUCUCAGAGACUCUUUUCCAAAUGAACAGAGAUCAGCUGCAGAAGUUCGUUCAGUACCUGAUCACGGUCCAUCACACCGAGGUCCUGCCCACGGCGCAGAAACUGGCCGACGAGAUCCUGUCACAGAACUCAGAGAUCAACCAGGUUCACGGUGAGUCAAACAGCUAUAGAUCAUAUGAAGGGUAAGUCCUCUUUUUCAGGACCUUCUCAUGACCAGUGGUUGUCAGGUAACGCUGUAAAAACUGCUGCAGAUGAUGCUGGUAUCUCUGUCUCUGAAGAGCAGCUGUGAAAUCUUCUUCUUGACCCAGUUUUUGGUCUACAGGAGCUCCAAUACAGCCUGGAUUUCUAGUCUCAGCAUUCACUUUAGUUUCAAACUAGACUCAAAUCUUCACUUGGAAUAACAAAGCAUGAAUUCAGAGGGCAGACCUGGCGGGUUAUUUAAAUGUGAGGAUACAGCUGCACUUCAUUCAUGUUUACUCUGGUACAUGAGUUUGGGUCUUUUGAGGGUGUUUUUUAGGGUCUUUUUAGGGUGUUUUUCAGGGUGUUUCUGUCUGGGUAUCACAGAUGAAGAAUCCGGUGUCUGUUGAAUAUUUGUCUCUUUGUUUCGAUCUGGAGCUUUUCCCUGAUUCCUCUUCGACUUCUCAUCAGUCUACCUGUGUACGGUUUAUUACUGUAUGCAUUAUAGAGUCUGUCCUUCCUCUGCAGUCACUUGUUGGCCCUUGAUUAUUGAAUUAAUCCCUUUAUGCACGAGUCUCAUGGAUUUAAUCGUCCCUUGUGACAUGUUAACAAUCCUGGAUGUCUCUUAAGUUCAUAUUAUCUCGUUAUUGUUGCUGAUUUUGCAGAUUUCUUGGUAUUGAUCCAUGUUUCAGCUUAACCAGCACUGCAUAAAUGCAUUAAUGCAAACGCUGAUGCAGCUCUAUGCAUGUUUGUCCACCUCUUUCUCCUGUAAAUAUUUUGUUCUUCAUUACAGUUUGAAUAUAAUCAGUGAUGGAUGUGGUCUCAGAACAAUUAUACAUCUUUUAAGGGGUUUUGUAGCAGACUUGAGCGAAGGUUUUGAUCGAUACUACAAACAUGUUGCUGGUUUCGGAAUAGCAUGAACAGCAGACGGAUUAAACCAGGAGAAUUUAACCUUUUCCGACUGAAGAUCCAGGACCAUUAAAUGAUUGUUUUUCACUGUGAUGAGGCUGUUGUUACGGGUUACUGACUGACUGACUUCCUCUGUUGGUUGCAGGAGCUCCAGAUCCGACAGCGGGCGCCAGCGUGGACGAUGAGAACUGCUGGCAUCUGGACGAGGAGCAGGUUCAGGAGCAGGUCAAACUCUUCCUGUCACAGGGCGGGUACCACGGCUCGGGAAAGCAGCUCAACUUACUGUUCAGCAAGGUACCGCCGAUAUUUAUGACGCCGCUUUUAUACAGAACACGAAGCUGCAGUGUGGCGGGUCUGCGGUUACAGUUUACCCAUAAUUCACUCUGGUCUGUACAGGUGAGGGAGAUGCUGAAGAUGAGGGACUCAAACGGAGCUCGCAUGUUGACGCUGAUCACAGAACAGUUCAUGGGCGACCCCAGACUGGCUCUGUGGAGGCAACAAGGGACCACCAUGACGGACAAAUACAGGCAGCUGUGGGACGAACUAGGUACCCCCUCAACACUCUCUCUCACACACACACACACACACACACACUCUCUCUCACACACACACACACACACACACACUUAGCACUACAGUAAACUCUAACUGAAUAUCUGAUUUAUGCAUAUUUGAUUUUUAACAAAAUUUUGACUGAGUCAGCAUUUCCAAAUCAUCAUUUGGCCUCAAGAAACCAGAGGGUGAGGCCAUUUUGAGACUAAGCCCACAUUUCUUUCAGUCAGUGUGUUUACGCUGCAGGAAGGGAUUUCAUGGAACUGUUGUAUUUUUAUAGAGUUUGUAGUUUAACCCAUUUAAACCGGGACAGCAUGUACCCAGGAGCGUGGAUAUGUCAUUUCGUAACAUUCAGUAGUUUUUCAAUCAUUUCAUGAGUCGUGGUGAAUCAAAUCAUUAUACCCGUCUGCCUCUGGCUAAAAAAGCUUAGUAAAGCAGUUGGAUUCAUGCUUGGCUCUUGCUACAUGUUACGUGAGGAAAGUAAAGAAUGACAGAGGCAGUGAGAAGCAUCCAGCACUGUGAACAACCUCUUCAUAUUGAAUCCUUUAGCUCACACUGUCUGCGUUUUCUGUGAGUGUUGCAUGACAUUAGGUGAGCACAGACAUGAACACACUGUCAGCCACGUAUUUAUUGAUUUAUUUAUUUUUUAGUUUUCGGUGCUGCUUUUGUACUGGCACUGUACUGGGGCAGCUGCAUACCCUUUCAACAUUUGUAUUGAAUAGAGACUUUAUCAUGACUGCCACUUGUUUUACAGAAAGCAAAUAGUUUGUUGUUCUCCAGUGCAGAGCCUUUACUUUUAUUUAUACAGCCGCUUUAUUUCAUUUGAGUCUGCUUGUCCAAGGUUUUCAAUAAUGGGAUAGAGGGUUAGAUGAAUAAAAGAUAGUCCUCUUGAAAGCCACAUAUGUAAGCCCUCUCUCACUUGGAAUUUUGUUUCUAUCUGCUACAGAGGCCGAGAUAUCAGCUGUUUUGUAAACCUCAACAUUUAAGAAAACCUCAGGAUCUGGGGGCCCUUCUCAAAAUUGCCCUCAGGAUUUCAGAGGCGUGUCUCAGACAGGGUUCAGGUCUUAAUGGGUUAAGAUGUAAUGACCAAUCAUGAAUCAGCAUGCAGGAAAAAAAGUCUGUAUGGAGAGCAAAAGCAAGCAGAAUGAAAUCUGUCAUAACAUCUGUGAUAAUCUGACAAUUAUUAAGAUCUUAGUGAUGAUUUUUCACCAUGACAUUUUCAAGAAUGAGAAGAUUAAAUUUUUUUUCAACAUUUUUUUUUUCCAGUUUAAAAAAAAAAAGAACGUUUCUAGUUUUAUGUUUCCACUGUCAUAUCACCCCAUGGAUGUCAAGAUUAAAAGAUUGUGUCCCAAUCUGGAAAAAGUGUUACGAUACCUUGAAUCCCACUCCUAUUGUGUAUAAACAAAGAAACAAACAGGUCUGUGUUUUGUCCCGGCGUGUUGCGACCACACAGAUGAGCAGCCAAGCAUCAGCCAAUAAAAUGACUCGAUCUCAUGAUGAGAAAUAAAUCAGGCUUUAUUCCUCAUAACCAACAUACGGCAGCCUGUAUGUCUCAAUCCAUGUCCUGCCUCCUUUUGUUUUUGUUUUUCUUUACCCAUAAUCCCCCUUCUUCUGUUGUUGUUGUUGUGACUCUUGCUCUGCGUUUCGUCACUCACGCCUGACAUCACUCCUGUCGGCGCUCUGUUUUCGCUCCUCACUGUUGUCCUUGAAGCAGCCGUAACAAAGAGACGGAGGAUAAACCCCCUCCUCCCCUCGUCCCCUCCCCCCGUCCUCAGCCGUCUCUCCCCUCACCUCUCCUCCCUGUCCUCUUUUUUUUUUUUCACUUCACUUCCUUUCUUUUCUUCCUGUGUUUCAUUUUGUCAUCUGUCAUCCUUUAUUUAUCCUUCAGCAUGCUCAUUGUUCUCCUCCCUCCUUCUUUCUCCGGUGUCAUCAGGUUUUUUUAGACAACAAUGGAGCUGAUCUCUGUUCGCUUUUCUCCAAUUUGCAACAAUUUGUCUUCUUUCUGUAAAUUAAUCUGCAGCUUUAAAACCAUUUUAGUCAUUCUUAAACCUAAAAGCACAAAAUAAUCUUUAAUGUCAGCGUCUAAUUUGAGCUGAUCGGCCUUUUUUCUUUGUUUUCUGUUAGUGUAAAGUAAACAUCUGUGGGCUUUUGUCUCAGUUAUAAAAACAGGACCUGAACCUGGACUGUCGGGAUUAAAAGUCGUCAUUAUUCACUCUGCUAGUGAAUUAUUGAUGAUCACAACAGAAUUUUUGUUUAAAUAUUCACAAUAAAUGACACUUUUGAUUGGAUGAGAUUUUCUGUUGAAACUCAAGCAUGUAGAGGACGAGAAAAGCAACAACUGCUCUGUCCACAGGGGGCGCCAAACUUGACACAAAUAUAUUAAAAUUCCUCACAGGAGCUUUAAUAUAUUAAAUUCAUAAAAAAGGGUUAGGUCACUCUGAAACAAAAUCUUUAUGAUGAUUGAUUAAAGUGUUUAAUUUGAAUUAUGUCAAGUUUUUAAGUUGGUUUUAUUGUGUUAUUAUUGUAUAUAUAUAUAUAUAUAUAUAUAUAUAUAUAUAUAUAUAUAUAUAUAUAUACGAUAUAUCUCUUUACAAACCUUCAUAUUGAAAGAGUAAACAGUGAACAGAUAAUGAGGUUUAAACAAUGACAUGACGACAUGACGACAUGACGACAUGACGAUGUAGGAUGAGUCUGGAAGAGGAGAAACCGUGGGGGGAAAACGGACAAUAAUAAUAAAAAUAAUAAAAAUACAAAGAACUGAAGUUUUAUAAUAAACUGAGUCGUGCUCUUUGGGUGUAAAUGUUGGUUAAAUCAGCGUUCGGUCGAAAUCUUCACCGUGUGUGUGUUUGUGUCUCUGCAGGUGCUCUGUGGAUGUGCGUGGUGCUGAACCCUCACUACAAACCCGAGCAGAAAGGUUUCUGGCUCCGUCAGCUUCGCAGGUGGAACGGCGUGGAUGUGUGUCCCUUGGAGGACGGUAACCAUGGCAGCGAGCUGACCAAUCUGACCAACGCUCUGCCUCAGGGUCCUGCCGGCAACCCAGGUGAGACGGUGCGCCGGCUGGAGUAGAGACAGCACCCUGAAUCUGACCCCACAUCACAUCUGAGAGCCUCUUUCCCUUCCUCUCCUCCCCCUCCUCCUCCUCCUCCCCCUGACUUCCCUCCCCCCUCUUUUUUUAAUCAACUCUCCCCCCUUCAAUCUCUGUGCCUGCGAGCCUUAUUACCUCUUUACUGUGGCUAAUAGAAUGAGCCUAAUAACACGGGCGAGGUCCUGCAGCUUUUCCCACUAAAUCAGAGAAAAUACAGACACGUGGACGUUUCUAUCAGCCGGCAAUAAAAGCGUUUCAGAUGAGAAGACAGGCUGUUAUUACUGCUGCUGUUUGCUCCUUAAUGUGCCUGAAUGUGUUCUCUUAUCACCUUUUUUUAAACCCCUCAUAGACGGCUUUUUAAUAAAAAUAUCUCACACGGCUCACUCAGACAAAAACCCUGAAGGAAAGUCAUGCUAAAACAAACAACAACUGAUUUUAAAUUUCAUCAGUUAUCUUCACUAACAGAGCUUUUAUUCUCUCUCUCUCUUUGCUUAUUUCUUAUUUUAACAAACACAUUUGCUUUAGUUUAAGUAUGAAAACAUGAAAAAUGAUUUGGUUAUGGAGUAAAGCAGAUGUAACCUAAGCUCUGCUUGUAUUUUGUUGUGAAUCCUUGUUCUUGUAAAGUCAUAACACAAGGAAAAAAGAAGUAAAAUAACAAGGUUUUAGUGUCUCUAAAUCAUCAUGAUCUCAAACAUUACAAUAUUACGAUAAUGUCUUUUUUCAGUCCAGAUCUGAGGAGUUCAAAUUUAGUCUGUAGCAUUGAUUGGUCGGGGUUUACAAGUGUUAGAAAAGCUUCCAUGAUGUGCAUGUUCUCGCCACUGCUGUCCAAUCAGAAGCUGAUUCACAGUGAAUUUUUCUCCCAGCAUGCACCUGUCACCUUGCCUCGGUGUUUCUAACACCCAUCUGUUCAUGUUCUUCAGAUUCAGUGACCCGGCCUCACCGGACUGUAUUCACGCGCGCAAUCGAGGCCUGCGACUUGCACUGGCAGGACCCCCACCUGCAGCACAUCAUCACCAAGGACCAAUACACCAACUACUGUUACCAUGACAACCUCGACAGCUCCCUGUUCGACACCAGAGGGUGGCCGCUGUGGCACGGUAAGGAUGCGGUGGGACUGUUGUUUUUAAUCAUGUGAAACUGAAGGAAGACAUCUGAGAUAUACGUUCUGUUAUUUCUCUGCAGAGCACGUACCGACGGCGUGCGCCAGAGUGGACGCUCUGAGGUCACACGGUUACCCUAAAGAAGCACUCAGGCUCGCCAUCGCCAUUGUUAACACCUUGAGGAGGCAGCAGCAGAAACAGCUGGAGUUUUUCCGCGCUCACAAAAAAGGUGAAAACUAAAAUAUCAAGAUGAUUCAAGUCUUUUAAUUUUUCAUUCAUCAAAUUCAAGCUUGCUGGUCUCUUUUUGUCAUUUCUGUAUUUAUUCUGUAUGAACUAAAUUUAAUAACUUUAUUUUUUAAAUUAUUUCAUCACUUUUUUGCUGCUUGUCACGGUCCGUGUCUUGUUUCUUCAUAAAUGGCCCAGAAUUACCGACAACCCCUAACAUCUCCAUUGAAAGAGGAAAUGUUUUUCACAUUUUGUGUCUGAUUCACCGCAGAGCUGCUCCAUAAAGGAAUAACAUCCAUCACUAACCUGGAGGGCUGGGUGGGCCACCCUCUGGACCCCAUCGGGACCCUGUUCAGCACCCUGAUGGAGAUGGGGCGAGGCAGCGAGGAGGGAGCCAACACUCAGCAUGACUGUUUGGGUACAAAAACACAAAAAAACUCAUUUAAAGUCUCACAGUCAGGAACUUUUACUCAUUUGUUACUGAUGCAUCUGCAGUAUUUUCUGUUGGUGAUGUUUUAGGUGAAAACAGUUUAAGGUAGUUUUUACAGAGUCAGCUACUUUGGUCCAGUGACUCCAAGUCUGGGUGUUGGACCCUUCAAAAUAAAACCUGAGGGCUCAUAAGGUGAUUUUUUUUAGAAAAAAUAUGAUUUUAUAUCUGAAAAGUUUCUCAUCCUGCUUGAUGUUUUAGUAAGAUUCAACUGAUUUUACUUCUGUGGGACUUUAAAAAGUUCACUGAAUUCAUAUAACAUAUAGUGUUUGAUACCUGGACACGGUUUUUAAAGUCAAAAGCCACAAAAAUUGGGAAUCAUUUGGUGAAUUUGACCUUUUAUACGAUCAAGAGUUACGAUAUGAAUCUGUUUCAGCAAAUAUAACUCCUAAAAACUUUUGAGGAAUAAAAAGUUCUACAUUCACUUCUGAACUGUAGCGCAGCAGAUAAUGGGAACAGAACAUCCUCAUAAAGGCAGAUCAGUCACAGUUCCUGCUUCACAAACACACGCGGCGUCUCUUGAGCCUGUUUCAAACAUUUACUCUGCAGUGAUUCGGUCUCUCUGUCAGAGCUUCAGGCCCUCAGGUUGUAAUCAGCAGCGAUGACACAGACGAGCUGAUUGGCCUCCAGUCAUCCUCCAAUAACAGCUCAUGAAUAAGACAUGCAGCAGGAAAAACACUCCAAUUAAAAGGCAUUAAUUAUGCAGCAAGCUCGGAGAGACGAAAUUCAACUGACUGAAACCUGGAAAGACAGCUGGAUUCUCUCCUGAAGGUGGACCGACGGAGAAGUUGUGAAAGUUUCAAUUAAGACUUCCAACACUCAGCUAUUUAUACCAGUGUGAGUGUGUGUGUGAGUGUGCGUGUGUUCAUCAGGGACUGCUAACUCUCCUGGGAUGAGCUGUGAGGUCUGCUAAGACAUCAUUAAGCCAUUAAAACACAUGAUUACCGUCCUCAGGAGGAUCCAGGCUCUGAAAAAGGUCCAGAACGAACAAAUACAUCAAUAACGUCAUCAAUACUCUGCCCAAAGGGAACAUUUUCCUCCCAGUCAUCCCUCUCUUCCUGCUCUCUCUCUCUACAUGUAUACAGUCUACAUGCAGAAGUGCUCAGACCCUCUUUACGAAGACCAUAUUUUGAAGGAUUUACAAUUUUUUAAUCUUUUUUCUUAACAUGUGUGCACAUAAUUUUCAGUUUCUCACUCUUUUAAUCUGAUCUGUAAGUACACUUUACAGGGUUCCUACACAAGUAUGGAAAAGUAUGGAAGUAGUUUGAUCAAAUCUAGGUCUUAAAAAGUAUGGAGAAUGAAAAAUGAAGUAUGGAAAAAUAUCUCUGUUAACAGACUAUAUUACCACAGUUAUAAAAUACUGUUAUCUAAAAUAGAAAAGUAGGUAUUUCCAAGAAUAAUUCCAAAAAGUAGAGUAUAGAAAAGUUUGGAAGUAAUUUGAUCAAAUCUUGGUCUUAAAAAGAAUGGAGAAUGAAAAAUGAAGUAUGGAAAAAUAUCUAUGUUAACAGAUUAUAUAACCACAGUCAUAAAAUACUGUUUUCUGAAAUAAAAAAGUUGGUAUUUCCAAGAAUAAUUCUAAAAAGUAAGGUAUGGAAAUUCCAACUGUGUAGGGACCGUGACUUUAACUGGGUGUCUUUUUGAUGGUUGAUGGAAAAAAAUAUUUUUGAACCAGUUUUUCAACAUUUUCAAUGGGGGCCAUUUUGGCAGCCCCUAUAGACAAAGAAGUCUUACCUUAUCAAUUCCUCAGUUCACUUUUUAUGCUAAAGGAUUUAAAUCUAAUUAGGCAAUGUAGCUAAUGCAGCUCAUAAUAGUGGUCUGUUAUGUCUUGAUAUCAGACCGUUGCUAUGGAAACAGCUCAAAUUACAGACCCCUGAGGCGAUUAUCUUUGGUCAUAUUAAUGCACAGAUGGAAACCCAGUUAUGAUAAAGUCUAAAGAAAGCAGCAUGGAUGGAUGAUGGUUUAUGAAAAUCUCAAUCCGUGCUCACUGGGCUCCCCUUCUUUUCUCCUCAGGCUCAGGAAGGAGGGCGGAGCUUCCUGUUUUCUCGGCACAGCAGCGUUUCCUAGAGGACGGCGAGUCGUUCGUGUCUCUGGCGGUGGAGACGGCUCUGAUUGGUCUGGGGCAGCAGCGAGUGAUGCCAGACGGACUCUACGCUCAGGAGAAAGUGUGUCGGAACGAAGAGCAGCUCCUCACCAGACUUCAGGAAGUGGAUUUAGACGACACUCUGGUGAAGAUCUUCCGGAAACAAGCGACUUUUCUGCUAGAGGGUGAGGACGAAUAAAACGCUGCUUUAAUUUCUUAACUACAGUCAACAUUCGCAUUAGCAUUAUAAUAGCAUAGCCAAGUAAGGAUGCUAACGGUGCUAAAGAUAGAUUUUCAACAGUUCUAGUUUUCUAAUUAAACAUGUUAAUCUAAAGAUCGCUGUGUAAAGUUACACUAAUCACCUGUACAAACACACUGUAAAUCACAAGUUACAUGGGGACUUCACUGUCUUACUUCAAAGGAGGUCUGAGUUUUACUGUAAAUACCAAAACAGGUUACAAAGAGACCUCAUUGUGUCUCGUUCAAGGAAGUCUCAGUUUAACAGUAAAAAGUUAAUCACGUUGAGACUUAACUGUGGCUAACCCACAAGCAGGUGUUGGUUUGAUUUCAGCUUGCCUUACUUUUGAUCAGGUGACCAUACGUCCUCUUUUACCCAGACAUGUCCUCUUUUUCGGGGGCCAUCCGGCCUGACCAGCUUUGUCCGAGGGGUUUAUAAAAUCCGUCAAAUGUCCAGGGUUUUGUACAGAAGUUUUGAGUUUGUGUCGCAUGGUUUUACAGAGUUAGAAACAUGUAAAAAAGAAAAACACUUGAUCCGACCCGAAAAACUAUCAAAAUUAACUACAUGUGACUCUGUAACUCCGCCCUGUCCUCUUUUUUGGGGAUUCAGAAUAUGGUCACCCUACUUUUAAGAGGGUCUCAGUUUGACAGUUAAAAGUGAGUUACAUGGAAACUUCAUUGUGGUUAACUUUUUAAGAAGGUCUGAGUUUGACUGUAGAGGUUUCCUGGCAUAAUAUGCUGGUUAAAUCCUUAAGGAGAAACUGAUUUACUUGUAACUCACUGAAAAUUUACUAUUCUUAAAUUUCCUAAAACAACAUUUUGAUGCCGAUUUGUAAAUAUGAAAAGUCAAACUUGAACGCACGUGUCUCUAAGAGAAGAAACCUUUUUCAAAACAUUGAUAAAAUGAUGUUUUUGCUCUUCAUACAAAGAUACAAACUCACCAAACCCUGCUGAUACCUGAUUGGUCAGAACUGUUUGGCCUUUGGCAGCUGAAAGUUCCCGACCUUUGAGUACAGAUUGUCCAUUUUAACAUAAAACACUGAACACAGAUGAUUCUCUGACACAAACCAGCUCUUUGUGUGUUGAUUAUCUGUGGUGGAAGUGUGUGCGCGCUGCGCUGUGUUCACUCUGUGUACAUAAGCGUGUCAUAUGUGUCCCUUUACACUCUGUUUGUACUUGUGUGUUCAUAGCAUUGUCAGUCUGUUUGCUUACGUUGUGUGAAUGAAUGUGUGCACUGGUGUACAAUAAGCCUGUGUGUUUGUGUAUUUGCUGUGGCUCCUCAUAGUUCAGGCUCUUUUAUGAUGUAAAGCCACCAGAAAAACUGUUUGUGUCUGUUGUUUUGAGCUCUAAUCAGCCUGAUUCUGAAUCACCUGAUGAACGGGAUUACGUCUACUGUCUAUCAGAUAUUUAUAAAACUACAGAAACACAAAGAGGAAGGAGUUUUGUGUUCUGACUGAUCUGUGAUUCAUGUUCACUUUGCCAGUCAUCCUUACAUGAUGUUUUUCAUGUCCUCUUAAAAAUGUCUCUCUCUCUGUGUUCUGAGUCUUUGACUAACAAAGUUUAGAUACAGAACCGGAGUCAGACUGUUCAGAUCACUCUGUGUGUCUAUAAUCAAACUUAUCAUUCUGGGGAAUAAUCUCAAACACACCAAGGCCGUCCUCCAAACAUGUGAACUAUUACGCAGAUGAUCUCUGUUUUUACGUCCAUGUCUCCUCUGCUCAGACUAAACUGUCUAAACUGUCCCUGUGUCUCUUGCAGCGGGUCCUUACAGCGGUCUGGGGGAGUUACUCCACAGAGAAAGCGUCCCCAUGCACACCUUUGCCAAGUAUCUCUUCACCUCCCUGCUACCUCACGACGCCGAGCUGGCGUACAAAAUUGCACUGAGGGCCAUGCGGUGAGUAAAAGAAGAAGAAAUUCAUUCACAAAAUGAGAAAAAACUUGGAGAAAACUCAGUCCAACAACCUUUUUAGCUUUUGAUGAUGAUCUGAAAAAAAGGAGUGGAUUGACUUUGAAGUGAACUGAGGCUUCAACUGCAAAAUAACUAUUAAAAAAAAGAGACAAAGCUUGAAAUAAAAGGGUUUUACAUAAAAAGUACAAACUGUAAUUAACCAUUAAACUAAAAAAAGGAUCAAAUAAAACUGACCAAAAAGGUUGUUUUAUGGUCAAACACAAGUACAGAGCAACAAAUAAAAUAUUAAAAGAGACUCUGAAAUUAGCUGUGGUUAUCUUUUACCCGUGAUUUCCACCGCAUCCGGAACGGCCCCGAUCUGAAACAGCGCCGUUUUUUGCCAUACGCCAAUUCCUCUCGGAUCAGCUUGUGAGGUGAAUUAUGUGGUGGAUUACGGGCAGCAGGAAUCGUGAGAACUCACAAGAACCUGGGGACUGUUCUACGAAGCAAGUUCAACCUAGCGAGGUAGCCUUGGAGCUACCUCGCUCAACUUAGAGCGGUAGCCAGCGGUCUCACUAAAUGGUCUUACGAUGCUGGUUAUCACCCUCGUAAGUGGAUCCAGCUUUGCUAUGACCAUGUGCACGCAUGUAAGGCGGAGCCCGCCGCAUCUGACCAAUCGCAAACAUGGGCCAGUCUGGAGUGUCAGAGCCGGCAAGAGAGUGAAGGACCGCGGACUUUACAAACGAGGUGCAGGAGACGAUCAUGAGAAAGUAUGAAGAAUUCAAAUCUAUCAUAAACCUCAAAAGCAACACUGUCGCGUCGCACGUGUUAAUCUGUGCUGAAUUUAUCCGGCAUGCUCCGGCGUCCUGAAAAAAUAGACCUCUUGCGAUCAGCUGCGGAGUCCGGCGAUUCGCAACUGAACAGAAAGAAGCCGGUGGAAAUUGACACAUUAACUUGAAUGGUUACGAUCAGCUGCGAUCGGCGGAUACGGCCUUUUCAUAGCCGUUUCGGAUGCGGUGGAAAUUGGGGGUUAGUCUAAAUUUGUAGCCUAGUCAACCAUUUUUGAUAAACUGAGGACCCACUUACCGCUCCGUUUCCAUUUAACAACAGCUUGUAGUUCUCUAUCCAAAGAACUAGACAGUCCUUUAAUUUAUCCUGCUAGUAAAUGGAGUUGUAUCAUCUGUGCACAUAUCUGCUCCAGCCUAAUUAAGAAUAAGAGGAGGUCACCGGUGAAUAUUGAUAAAAGUAGUGGUCCCAAACUACUGCCUUGAGGUACGCCAGAUUGUAACAGAUUGUUUCCUAUUGGGCAGACAAUUCUGAAACUGUGUGAUGGAUGCAAAUUAAAUAACAUUUUAGUUUGUGCACAGAGUUCAGGGUCCAAAAUGGAAAUCUUUUGAAAUCAACAACCUGUCUGUCGUCGUGAAAACUGGCGAUACCUGACUCCUUUAAAAACGCUGAAAUCACAGCAGAUGAUGGGAAUAUACUGAUUGGUUAAUUCUCACCUUCCUGUUGAAAAACAUCUUUAUACACGGUUCUUUAAAAUGGAAAUGCCUUAAAUCAAACUGUUAUCAGGCAAAUAUGGGGUUUUCCAAACCUUGUAGGAGGGGAAAUGAGACUUAUGAGUUACUGUCCUGAUUAUUGGUGAAAACGUUUUACUGCACUAUCCUCCUUUUCCUCCUUUUAGUCUUAUUUUGUGUUAAGGAGGGUGAUGAAUUCAGAGAAAGAGAUAGGGAGGGGAAAAGAGAGUCAGAUUUAGGAGCUAUCUGGGGCACAGUUUAAUGACAAAACCUCCUUUUGCUGAAAUAUUCACUAAAUAAUUCAAAGCUGCUGAAAAGGAGUUUUAUAAAAUGUGUGAAUAAUAAAUACAGGCUGUUGGUUUCCUCGCUGACCGCCACGGGUGUUAGCAAACUUCACAUCCUCUCGUCUGAAUUAAAGCUCUUUGAUUUGUCUGAUAUGUAAAUCCGGAUGCUUCUUUUAUCUCAUACUUGAACUACAAAGGCGGAAUAUCGGAGUGCAGAAAAGGAGCAUCACAGCAGAUUUAACUGGAGUGUGUUUCACAGUUUAAGGAACCGAGCUGUUAUUUGAAAGAGUGUCUUUGGUUUGAUAUGAAAUAAAUCUUUGACUUGAGGCCUUUUGAAUUUCCUCUCACAGUUUAACUCUUUAACUUCGUUCUUAUGUGUUCAGGUUGCCUGUCCUGGAGUCCACAUCCCCGUCCUCUGACCUGUCCCGGCCUCACCACAUCGUGUCCGUGGUUCCAAACCGACUCCCCCGCUGGUUCACGCUCAGCCACAUCGAGACCCAACAGUGUGAGCUGGCCUCCACCAUGCUCACUGCUGCUAAAGGUACACACAGACAGUUCACAGGGGUAUUCAGACCAAACAGCUCUGGGGACUUUUUAAAGAGGAACCAUCCACUAGGGAGUUUCCUGUGAGCCAUGGGGACUUUUUUCCUGUCUGCACCACCCUGAUUUUUGCUGAUAUAAACCAUAAAGUAAUGAAAGCGGGUCAGAAGUUGCUUUGCUGCAUGUAUCGAUGUUGAACUAUGACCACCACGUGGAUGUUUAGACCAUUUAAAAGUUAGGGGUGGGAAUCACAAGUGGCCCCACGAUACGAUAUUAUUGCGAUACUUGGGCCAUGAUACAAUAUUAUUACGAUUUUUAACAUUUUGCAAUACAGUGGGUAUUAAGAUACAUUAUAUUGUGAUUUCUACAAUUUUUUAAACUGUCUAGCUAAUUAAGCAUUUGUCUUUCCUUUAUGUUUGUCUUAUUUAUGCUGUAUUUUAUUUUCAUGUUGCACAUUUUGCAAACCUUAUAUUAAGGCUGCACGAUAUAGGAAAAAAUUAACAAUGCAAGUUUUUUCAACCCUGCGAUAUAUAUUGCUAUAUUAAAAAUACAGGAAUUUUCACCAGAUGACCUGAAUAGCACUUAAUGUUAUGCUGCACUGCUGAAAUCUUGAGAACAGUUAACCUGCUCUGAUGUUACUUCUAUUUGUGAAUGUUAGUAGAACAGCUUUUGUCUGUCUCAGAGAUAUUUUUAGCUUUUAUUGUGCUAGGACGUUAUUGUGGCAACAGAUGAACACAGAACACAUGUUUUGGUCUUCAUUUUGUCUUCAUUUUGGGUGGUUUUGUCUUGUUCAUUGCUUAUUUUGCAAUUGUUGUUGUUGUUACCGGUGUUGUGCCAAGAAACGCAUGUCCACCAAAAAAUGCAUGCACCUCGCAAGACGCGCACUGCUUAUAGUAGAGUGGUCCACAAACAUGUAAAAUUUAAAACCCAUACAGUUCUUAUUUGUGGGGCUAAACAGUGAUGAGUAAUGUUCCGAAAGUAAUUCUCAGUGAACACACAUUUCUCGGCACAACACCGGCAGCGUCAGCGACUCCCUCAAUGUGCAGGACGUGAUUUCUUUUUUUGUAAGAUGGUAAGGGGAAGGUUCCACCCUCUUUCGCCUCUGAUUGGUUAUUCCUAAUGGCUGUGAAACGUCAUCGACUUUCGGGUUAAGGUUAGGAGAUUCAGAAGUGCCAUAAUGUUCUGUAAUGUUCUGUUCGAUGUUCAGAGCCUACAGCCCGCGUUUGGUUUGAGCAUGUGAUGACGUUUCCAGCUUUUCUAGCCAAUCAGAGGCGAAGGAGGCGGGACUUUCCCCUACAGUCCUACAAAAGAAAAAUAUGGCGUGCAGGAUAUGUGCAGGGGCGUGAUUUCCUUCUCUCUGAUUUUGAUUGACGACUGGCAGGGUAGUCUGCUUGGCAACUAAGUAAAGAACAAAUGUGAUUGGUGGAUCGCUGCUCAGCACAUGCAGAGUCACAUCUCAGUCAGUUACCUUGAAGUUAGAUGAGUUCACUCGCCUCCUACAUCGCAGGCUCUGCAAUGUGACUAUUGCGCACACGUACAUUGCGAUGACGAUGCUCAAACGAUACAUUGAGCAGCACUAUCUUAUAUAUAUAUUUGUUGUACUUACAUUCUCUUGCUCUAUAAUGUCACCUCUGCCAGCCUCACUGGACAAACAGUUGAUUUUAUUUUCCAUUAUCAUAGAUUUGACUUCAUAUUGACAAUUAAUUUGAAAAAAAUCAAUACUUUGUCAAUGAGACGGUACUACAUAUCACCAGACAAAAUAUCGUGAUGCUAUGCUGUACUGAUUUUUUCUCCCACCCUUAUAAAAAUGAAUGAGGAUAACUAUUAAUAUUCAAUUUUCAGGGUCAAACACAUUGGUUAAUACUUCUUCUGUUUUGUUGUGUCACCAGGUGAUGCUUCUAAGCUUCAAACAGUGUUAGAGUCCAUCCAGAAGAACAUCCACUCUGCGUCCCACAUCUUCAAGCUGGCCCAGGACGCCUUCAAAAUCGCCACUCUAAUGGACAGCCUCCCAGACAUCACGCUGCUCAAAGUCUCCCUGGAGCUGGGUCUUCAGGUACAAACCACAUAAGCAACUCCACUCACAGAUGAAAAGCUUUAACAUGUGGAAAUAUCAGGAGUUAAUGUUGUUGUUUUUUUCCAGGUGAUGAGGAUGACGCUGUCUACGCUGAACUGGCGAAGGAGAGAGAUGGUGCGAUGGCUCGUCACUUGUGCCACAGAGGCUGGUAAGUUUGUUUGAUGCUCAUAGUGAAAACAGGGAUGCAUGAGUGAAAAUUUUCAGCAAUUUUCAGGCAGUUCUUUCCUCUAUGCAAAGUCGUAGUUUAAGCCGCCACAGCCAUGGAAAAAAGUAUCAGUAACAAAUGUUUGAAAUGUUUCAGCAUCCAUAAAUGGGAAGUUUAGAGAGUGGAUUAUUGGGGCCCUCAGUGGAAGGCUAGAGCAGGGGGAGGAGUGACUGGCAGGGCAGUAAUUACGGGAGAUUGGCUGAUUAAGUGGGUCUAAUGUUUGGACGUGAAUACUGAAACCCAGUGGCAGACUUCCCUGAAGUGGACAGGAAGCUGUGUUCAGAGGAGACGGAGCUCUAUAGGGGGAAACCCUCCACCCUGAUGAUUUGUUGUGAAUGUAGAGGAGUGACAAGGAGACCCUGUUUCUGAGAGCGGGGCUUGAAUGGAGUCAUUGAGAACAUGCCAGUUAGUGAUGUAGAGUGGGGCCAGGUCAUGUAAUGUCAGAGAAUAAGAGAUAGAGUAUCCAAUUAGACAGCAAGGAGCCAUUGUGAGGCCGCUGACGUAUGUUUUUAUGAUGGAAUUCUGGGAAGGUUUCAGAAUUUUAAGUAGAAAGUUUGGGCUGCUAUGACUUAAGCGCUGCAUCAAGAGUUAUGUCGAUGUUUUCUAGUGCAAAAAUGCGCUGUUUUGUAAAGUGUCUUGGUUGAACAGUCACUUUGUUGGGGACUAUUGUUAAAAUGUGAAAUCAGUUCAAAAUUUUUACAUGUUGAAAAAAAUUCAUAGCCCUUUAUUGCCCGACACCACAAAUUAUGGCCAGAAAAUUCAAAUCUUUUGGGAGCUGAAAUGUUUAUUUCACUUACUACUAGAAAACCAAAAAAAUCAAAAUGUCCUUAAAAUUUUACAAAUAUAUUAAUUUAUCUCGUUUGAUACAUUAGAUUUUUUUGGAAACUGAUAAACCACAAGAGGACAUUUUUAUCAUUUAUCGGACUGUAUUCAGGUGUUUUUUUUUUAGCAAUUUGUUGAUCAUAUUAAUUUGAUAGAAGUAUAUAAAAGUUUGUAUCAAAUAUGAUACUAAAGGCAUUCAAGGGUUAAACCUCCUUUGAGGAACUGUUGGGUUUGUACUUGUUAGGAGCAUCUGUGUUGACAUAGUCUAUAUAGUCUUUUAAACAAAAAAAACAAAUGCUAAACACGUAACUCAAAAUUAAUCUUUGGAAACUGUAAAGACUGUCUUUAUAACGUUCAGUUUCUAACUGCAGAGCUUAAAAGCAUAAAAGAUUAAAAGUAGAAUAACAAAACCUUGAUGCUAAUAGCCUUGUUCACGUUUCUAGCUCACAAAGAGGAAUCUGUAUGAAUUUGAAUCUCUUUCAUAGCCUCUGAAAAACUAGUCACAGUAAAAAUAAAGGGAUCUAAGAUUAAACCCUGUGGAACGCCAAAAGUGGAGAAUUUUCCCACUAAACCUUUGACGAAUAUUUCUAUUCUUUCUUUCUUUUCUAGGUGUUUUUGCGCUGGAUAGCAUCAUGCAGAACUGGUUCACCCUCUUCACCCCCACUGAGGCCACCAGCGUUGUCGCCAGCACCGUCAUGUCCAACAGCACCAUUGUACGCCUGCAUCUGGACUGCCAUCAGCAAGAAAACUUAGCCAACUCCGCCCGAACCCUGGCCCUGCAGUGUGCCAUGAAGGACCCCCAGAACUGUGCCCUGUCGGCUCUGACGCUCUGCGAGAAGGACCACAUCGCCUUCGAGACAGCCUACCAGAUUGUACUGGACGCAGCCGCCACAGGAAUGAACUACACACAGUUGUUUACAAUUGCACGCUACAUGGAGCACCGCGGCUAUCCCAUGAGGGCUUACAAACUAGCGACGUUAGCAAUGACUCACCUGAACCUCAGCUACAACCAAGACACACACCCUGCCAUCAACGACGUGCUGUGGGCGUGUGCUCUCAGCCACUCGCUGGGAAAGAACGAACUAGCAUCUGUCAUCCCCUUAGUGGUGAAAAGCGUGAAAUGUGCCACCGUCUUAUCCGACAUUUUACGUCGAUGCACGUUAACCACGCCAGGCAUGGUUGCGCUGCACAGCCGCAGGAACUCUGGAAAGCUAAUGCCUCUGGACAAGGCUCCCCUCAGGCAGCUACUGGACGCCACGAUCGGGGCUUACAUUAACACGACGCACUCUCGGCUGACACACAUCAGCCCACGCCACUACAGCGAGUUCAUUGAGUUCCUCAGUAAAGCCAGAGAGACGUUCCUCAUGGCGCACGAUGGACACAUCCAGUUCACACAGUUUAUAGACAACCUAAAACAGAUUUAUAAAGGCAAGAAGAAACUCAUGAUGCUCGUUCGAGAGAGAUUUGGCUGAUGGAGGAUUAAAUGACCAAAUCGCCCGUUUUUUUUACUUGAGUCUCUUUUUUUUAUCCUUUCUAACUUGAAGUGAAAAUACUCCUAAAGCAACAUUCAUGCAAAGCUUAUUCCUCGGAUUUGGCUCUGAGAGGCCGAAUGGGAUAAUGAACGCAAUUUUCUCUGGAGCCUGUCAUGGAAAAGAAAUCUGACUCUUUCAGUGGGAUCCUCUGCAUUUAUGUAGAGUUUAAAAUAUAAUUCAAGCCUGUUUCCACCAGUAAAGAAGAAGAGAUGAAUAUUAAGAUAGCAAAUCAAAGUUUAAAAAUAAAAAAGCAUAACGAAAAGAUAAGGAGUCAAAAAUUUGAGAUAUGAAAGUCAACAAUUUUGUAGAAAAAGUCAAUAUCUUGAGAUUGAACAGUGGAAAUUUGAGAUUUGAGAACAGUGGAGAUGAAAAGUUAAAAAGUUAAGAAAAGUCCAAAUUUUUAAAUAGUUGGUCAUAAUUUCUCAUAUAAAAAAAUAUAUAAGCUGACGCCCUUAAAAACAUAGGUUGUUUUGGGGAGUUUAAGUCAAUAAUGCUAAGUAAAGAGAUUGUAAUUAUAAGAAAAAAAAUCAAUAAUUAGACAUUCAUUAAAAUUGAGAUCUAAUAGCAUAAAAUUUUAAUUAAAAAAGUGGAAGUAAUAAAUCAAAUCUUUGAAAAAAGUUGAAACUUUGGAAAAGUUUUAAUGACAAAGUUCUACAUUUAAAAAUUGUGAUAUUGCUACAAAAAGUCUAAAUUUUGAUGUAAGUCGCAAUUCUGGGGAAAAAGUUGUUAAUAUAUCAAACCAUUGAUUACAGUCAAAAUUGUGCUUUACAAAAUUAUUUUAGCUGCAAAGACUUGAUGCUUUUUCUUAAACUUUUACUUUUUUUCCCAUGACUUUUGAUUUUAUGACACUGACUUUGAAUUCACAUUGGAUUUUUUUAAUUUACUGGUGGAAACUGUUCUUUAUAAAUCAUUGUCAGACUGACCAAGUUAACAGGAAUGAGAAAUGUGUUUUAGGGUAAUUUUCCUCUCUGAAAAGUUUCAAAUUGAAGAAAAAAAAAAACACUGUAAACCAUAAAGAUAACAGCUGGUGUUGAUGUGUAUAAAACCAUCCUGUCGCUGAAGGAGAAAAUGUCAAAUCUUGAAAGUUUGUUUGUUUCCCUUUACAUGUAUGAAAGUGAAAGUGUGGGAUUCUUACACUGAGUAUAUACUGUAUUGUCCAGUGGCAAAAUGUCUACCUUGCACUCCUCCUUCUCCCCCUCAGCUAAAGUUCACAGCCUCAAAGAGAAGAAAAACGGCUUUAAACCAAAUGGAGCAACUCCAUCUGAAGUGACGAGUACCUCUUUAAAAGGAUCCAGCUUUACUCCCCCUAAAAGAGAAACCUCACCCAUCUGCUUUGUGAAGUGAAAGAUCAGAAUCAUUCACCGGGUCUGGAUUUGUUUCCCGCCACUUUCAGGCUGAUUGUUUUGGCUUUGCAGUGUUGCCUCAAACCUCCAGUAUGCUAAUUUUAUGGACAUACUUGUCACAGAAACACAAACAACAAACUGUCGCAGUGCUUGCUCUCGUGGAAACUUGGCAAAACAUUCAUUCUCAGGGAUCUCAGACGUAAAAGAACAGAAAAGAGUGAACAAAAGCAUUUUAUUGUCCUGUAUAUAUGAAAGUAUAAAAUGUCUGAAUAUUGAAAAUAAUGUAUAUGUUAACUAAUUUAUGACAGAAUAUUCUAUGUAAGGCACAAUACUUGAAGCUGCAGUACUUUUGGUUUUUGAAAACUAGACAAAAAGAAAAAAAAAACAUAUCAGAAGGACUUCAAAAUGUUCGCCUUGCAUUGCAUCAGGGGCCAGUUCAAAGACUCGUGUAGGCUGGUGUAGCUCUGCAGAGCAUGUGAUGACCUGCAGGGACUGGCCAGGACAGAAAGUGGAGGUGCAAAAUGGCAUUUUCCUGAACACAGAGGCGUACCGAGGACUGUAGGAGCUGCUGCAGAGAGAGAUCAGGGUGGAUUCAGAGCAGCAGCUGGUGACUGCUGUGAUAUUCCAGGGCCCAGGUUUUGGUGCUCGAGAAUUGGACAUAUUCUUCAAAUCAUGUUGGAAUCGGGUCAAUAGAAAAAAACAAACAAAAAAAACCAUUUGUUUCGAUCCAGUUUUGGCAUUUAUGCUGAUAAAAUUUUCCAGUCAGGCAGAAACUGUGAUCCAAAAAAUUCUGGAUUAUUCUGAUACUAUCACUCUCAAUUUUUUUAAAUUUUUAAUUGUACUAUGAGGAAGACUACAGAAUUUUGAAAAGGGAAAAAGGAUUUUGUCCCCGAAAUUUUCACCAAAUUGAAGACACUGAUCUGCAUAAAACUAUUUAAAAAAAAAAAAAAAACUGUCAGUUUUUCACUUUGUGUGGUUCUGGCGCCCCCUGUGGACAAAGUAAGAAGUGUGUAGUACUAUCUAGAACACUGACCCAGGAUUUCCACCGCAUCCAGAACGGCUGGGAUUUUCGCCAUCCAACAAUUCCUACUGGAUCCGGAUUACGGACAGCAGGAAUCGCAAGAACUCAUAAGAACCCGCAGAUUCACAUGCAAUCGCGCGAUAACAAGUUGUCUUUAGCCACAUAGGCUAACCAUAUAAGCAGUAGAUUGUGUCCUUCCAGAGGAGGAAAUCCUCAUCCAUGGAGUCAUUGGGGUGAAAAGCUGUCUGAAAACCUUUCACUUGUUCGUCUCCGCCUGUUUGGAUGAUGUGAAAUACAAUAUGCCUGAAACACGGAGUGUUUUAUUUUGAAAAGAGGCCGGAUGUUUUAUUUUGUGUCUGUGCCCGACUUCCUUUCCAGAUCAGGUUAAUCUGUGCUGAAUAUAUCCGGCAAGCUCUGGCAUCCAGAAAAAAUAGAACUCUUGCGAUCAGCUGCGGAGUCCGGUGAUCCGCAGCAGAACGGAAAGAAGCCGGUAGAAACUGACACAUUAACUUGAAUGGUUACAAUCAGCUGCGAUCGGCGGACACGGCCUUUUCGUAGCCGUUCUAGAUGUGGUGGAAAUCAGGGGGGAAAGUCCAGAUUUACUCCAGUCUAGUUUUUCUCCAAAAACCCAGGAACAAAAGAAAGCUAGAUUACCUGAUCCUCGAUAGAAAAAUGUGGGUUCAGGAUUGAUCUAAUCAAGGGCCCUGAAUAUUAAAAUCCACCCGUUUAAAAGUACAGCUCUGUUGUGAAUGUCCUUGCCUCCACUUCAGACGUCUCCACGUAGUGCAGGAGGAGAAAAUUGCUCUACACUGUAGGUGUCUCGACUGUUCCACCUUUUUUUAAGCUUUUUAAAUGUUUCCUCGUCUCGAAUUCAAAUUAUUUUAACUCCUCUUUAGAAUUCCUCACACAAGAACAGCCUUCUUUCUUGCCUUGUCUUAAUGCUUUAAAAUAACCAAAUGGGAGUUCUAACUACCAAACUUUUUUUGUACACCAACCAACUUUGUUUUUUGUUUAUUUUGUAGUAUCUUUAAUUUCUAGCUGGACCAGCUCUGUAUUCUGUGCUUUUAAAGCUCAUUUCAACUGUUUUCAGUGUUGUCUCUUGUUGCCUCAUUCGAGGUCUGUUAGUAGUUCCUGUUUUAUAAUUUUUUUUAGAAAUUUGCUCCUUUUUAUUUAUUAUGUUAGGUAAAUGAUUGUAAACCAUGUCAACAUGCUCAUGAAGUUGAAACCAAGAUUUGAUACACUGAUCGAUUUAUUUAUGUAACUAAAUCACUGUUUUAUAAACUUGUUAAUAAAUCAACAUUUGUUUUGAAUAAAUUUGUUUUUUGAAAGGAUAAUAAUAUCUUUGUGUUAUUUAAGCUCUUUAUGAGAAUAAUGAUGUUAAUGUUCAUUUUUCGAAUGUUUCUGUUGAUUUAUUUUUUUGUAAUUUUAUCCAAGCAUGUUUCAAAACAUCUCUGAAAGUCUCAUUUGUCUUAUCUGAAAGCUAACAGGGUCAAAAAGAAGAUAUGCACCACAUCCACAAAGUUUAACUCAAAUGCACAGAUGAAAAUUUUCCUCCCAGUGUAAGAGUUUGUUACGGAGUCCCACAAGGUUCAAGGUUUAUGAUUUGGUUUUCUUCUCAACAACUCACUUUCUUCUUCCUCUCUUCCUCUCCUAACUGGUGCACUUUUGCAAGGUUAUAUACUAAAGAUAUAUUUAGUGGAACAUUUACUAUAAUACCUCUAUGUAAAAAUUAACUAUUUAAAAUGAACUAAAAUUCAAAAAUAUCUAUCUCUACCAACGUUUUAUCUGAUUUAAUCCAGCAGCAGGAUGUGGACUCUAUUGUUUAUCGAAAUGUUUCAACUUUAAAUUUGGUCUGAGGGUGAACUGUUGCACAGCGUCGGGCAGACGACUGGAAGAUUAAUGACCUCGAGGGGAAGUCAUAAUUUCACUGAGAGCUCAUUUGACUUCCUGCAAUGAUAUCUUGGGGAUUUUAAGCUUUCCUUAUCAUACAUCCUGUGUUCUUGUCAGGGAGUCUGUGUGGACAGAACGCCUCAUAAAAAGGAAGUUUGGAUGAGGAAACAAAGGACUAUAAAAUGAUGGAAAUGUGGUCCAGGCUGAAGGGGAAGGACAGACCGUUAAGUAAGCAGAAUUAGUGUUGAGCAAGGCAGCAUGUUGGAGUAUGUGAUACAUAAAGAGUUAAAAAUGUCAUCUUUCUCAAGCUUCUGCUUUUAUCUUUAAGCUGUCAUCUAAAAUUUUAACUGUGUUUAUUUAGAAGCACUGUCUGCGAUUUCACCAUCACAGGUUUCCCCCGAAAUCUUAACAAAAUAUGAAGCUUAAA